CAGCCUUCGUGAUAGAAAGAACUCUUAAGAAUUGAAGAUUUCAUUACUUCAUAGGUGAGUGAGCAUCUUAAACAUUUUUUUUAACAUUUAUUCCUCUAUAUAUUUUAGAAAUGUCUUUAUCAAAGCAAGCAGGUGCUUUACUUAGUCAGAGUGCUAAAUAGAACUAUAAAAUCCAACGAAAUGUUUCUCAACUUUAAGAAUUUUGCACGUGUCUUGGCUCGAUAGAUAAAGUGGUACAGAUAAAAACUACUGAUUCUAUUGAUGUGCGCUGCCUAUUACGCAAUAUGUUUACAUGUAUAUUAUGUUUGUGUUUAUUUUGCAUUUCAGGCUAGUAUAACAAUUUAUGUAUUGACCUCUUUAUUUUAAAGGAUUUCUCUCAGCCUGUGGUGGUGACAGUUUCCAUAAUGGCUGAAAAAAUUCGGGAAGACCUUAUACAUGUUACCACCAGUAAUCUGGCCAUUACAAUGAUGGACAACAAUCCUUAUGAAGAUCUUGAUGGCAUAAGUAACAACUCUCUGAACACAGUGUCUGCAAAAAGUUUUAAUCUGCCCUCAAACCAAACUCCGAUGGAUGAAACAGAACUAGUUUUAAAACGGCAUAAAAAUUCUGAAAUAUCAAGUAGCCAGUAUGGCAUUAAUAUUUUUGUGAUUGGAUUUCUUCUUAUGUUUCUUUGCACUUUUGAUAUCGCUGGAGUGAGCAAAUGUGAUUGGAUGAUAUUCUUGGUCGUGCUGGUGUUGAUCCAAAUCUUAUGGAUGCUAUGGUAUAUCUACAUAAGUCACGCUUGCACUCACAAACAAAGAGAGAAGGACUCCCACGCAGGAGCUAGAUGGUUAAGAUGUAAGUAAAAUACUCUUAAAUAAACUGUUCAGAAAAAUUUGGUGUCAAUAUAAACAUAUUUUGGGUCUUUUGGACUGGUUUUAAUAAACAAACCAAUUAGAAUAAACUAUUUAAUAUUGUACUAUAGCUCCGCAAUAUUGUGUAACUUUUUUUUCUUUGCUGCUGUACCCGAUCAUGUUGAUUAUUUUCACCAAGAGUAAGCACUUUUCUUUUUUUCCGGUGAGAUCACAAAAAACCUACACCUUUUCCCUAACAAUUUACAUAUUGCAAAAGAAAGGUUUUCUACUUUUUUGCCCAUUCUUACUCUGCAUUGUUUGGCAUGUUUUGCUUUUUUUGUCUUUUCACUUCUCUUUAUUAAAAAAACAUGCGAGAAUGAAUCCAAGUAAAAGUGUUCAUUGUGUUCUGAAUGCUGUAAUGACGUUAAGCUUGUCAUCAUAUUGGCGUGUGUCUCUACAGAGAAUAGACAUGAGUGGGGUGCGGUCCAACUGCAAAUGAUCACUUAAAGCUUAGGAAUGGAUUUAAAAAGAUCAAUGUAAUGAUCAAUCAUGUAGUGCACCUAUGUGUAUGUGUAUAUCCAUGUGUCAUAAUUAUUCAGGAAAACAUAAUUCUUGUAUAAUAUGUGAAAUCUUGCAACAGGGCUGUUGUAAAUACAAUUAUGAUCUGGGUAAGCCUCUACAGGAGGUCCAGUGAGAAACUUUAUAUAUUAAGAUAAGUCGGAACAUUCUAAUCUUUGGUAGAUAUUUGCCUUGUGUGUUGGAAUAUUAACUUGUUGAUCGUUUCGGAGGAAGGGUGGUGGGGGCUGAAAAGGGUUGUAGUUCCUGGGGUUAAAUCCUUGUUCUUUUUGCCAUUUAGCAAUGUCCCUGAUAAACUUACACUCUUUAAUGUGUUGAUUAAUAUGUUUCAGGGCCGAACUGGGAAAAGAAUUAGGCCCGGCCAUUUUUCAGUCAGAGCGGCCCCCUAAGAAGGGGGAGGGGCCAAAGAGUGUGUGUUUUGUCAUCACUAAUGACAACACGCCCCCUCUCAAAGUGAGCAUGUUGGUUCAAUGCCCAGAGCCCUGCUGAAGAGCUCUGGCAUUAGAAAAAGGCCCUGAAUUUGUUUGCUUUUAAAUUGUCUCUUGUGUCUCCACAAGUGGGAUACCAGAGGACAAAAGGACCAGGAAAGUGCAUGGUGCAUAUGUUCGGAGCCUGCUUGUGGGAUUGCGUGUGUGUAGAGUGUGGUGUGGUAUUGUAUAAAUAGGUCAAUUUAAUUUGUGUUUGUGGUGUAAUAUGUGUGGCUAGGGGCUGUAGAGAGUGUGUGUAUAGGAGGCAUAGUUUUAUAGGGGAUGCAGCGAGUGUGUGCAUACGGGCUGAAGUGUGUGUGUAUAGGUGACGUAGUGUGUGUAGGGGUUGCAGAGAGGGUGUGUUUAGAGAAUGUUGUAUGUGUUUGCUGACAAGGAAUGUAGUGUGUGUGUGUAGGAGAUCUACUGUGUAAAGGACCCAGUGUGUGUGUGUAGAGGAUUAAGAGUGCAUAUAGGGUAAGGGAUCUAGUGUGUAUCUGGAGCGUAAUGUGUAGUGGUGCAGUGUGAGGGGUGCUGUAGUGUGUGUGUGUGUGUGUGUGUGUGUGUAUGUAUAUAUAUAUAUAUAUAUAUUGACUUAUUGUAUGUGUGAGGGGCGCAGUGUGUGUAUGUAAGAGGGGUGCUGUGUGUGAGGGUGUUUUUAUCUGCUGUCACAUUCUAGGUUUCUAAUUUUCUUUGUCUGUUAACUCACUGAGGGUUAUUUUAUAUAUAUAUAUAUGUGUGUGUGUGCUGUAUAUGUGUGGGAGUGUGCUGUGUGUGUGAGUGAGGGUGCUGUGUGUGUCUGGGUGCUGUGUGUGUCUGGGGGGUGCUGUGUCUGGUGCUGUGUGUGUCUGGGUGUGCGGUGUGUGUCUGGGGGUGCUGUGUGUGUCUGGGUUCUGUGUGUGUCUGGGUGUGCUGUGUGUCUGGGUGCGCUGUGUGUGUCUGGGUGCGCUGUGUGUGUCUGGGUGGCUGUGUGUCUGGGGGUGCUGUGUGUGUCUGGUGGUGCAGUGUGUGUCUGGGUGCUGUGUGUGUCUGGGUGCACUGUGUGUCUCUGGGUGCGCUGUGUGUCUCUGGGUGCGCUGUGUGUGUCUGGGGGUGCUGUGUGUGUGUGGGUGCUGUGUGUGUCUGGGUGCAGGUGUGGUGUCUGGGUGCGCCUGUGUGUGUCUGGGUGCUUCGUGUGUGUCUGGGUUCUGUUUUGUGUCUGGGGUGCUGUGUGUGUCUGGAGGUGCUGUGUGUGUCUGGGUGCUGUGUGUGUCUGGGAGGCUGUGUGUUUCUGGGGGUGCAGUGUGUGUCUGGGUUCUGUGUGUGUCUGGGGGUGCAGUGUGUGUCUGGGUUCUGUGUGUGUCUUGGGGUGCAGUGUGUGUCUGGGGGUGCUGUGUGUGUCUGGGGGUGCUGUGUGUGUCUGGGGGGUGCUGUGUCUGGGUGCUGUGUGUGUGAGUGAAUGUAUUUUUUAUUUAAAUGUAAAUAUAUAUUUUUUACUAAUAAUAAUAAAAAAAAAAAAUAUUUCCCCCCCUCCCUUCUUACCUUUAUCCUGGGAGGGGGGGGAGGAGAUCAGUUCUGCCUGGGGGGUGGGGAGCCAUGCUGCCUUCCCUGGUGGUCCAGUGGUGAGAGUAAACUCUAACAUGCAGGUUAGAGUUCACUCUCGCGAGAUCUGAGAGUUGCCGCGGCAACGCUCAGAAUCCCGCGAGAGGACCGGUGGAGCUGCUUGUUAGAGCUCCGCCGGGUCCUCUCUCCUCCCUCCCUCCCUCACCCAGCCGGCGGCCGCAUCUCCCUGCCUCUGGGCCGGUGAGGGAGAUCUUUGAUCUCCCCACCGGCCCACGGAGGCACACAGCAGGGCCGGCGCUCGGAUAGCGCUGGCCCUGCAGGGGCUGGCAGGGGAGAUCCUGUGAUCUCCCUGCCGGCCUCGGCAUCUCCAUGUGACCUCCCUGCCGGGCCUAUGUUUCCAUCUCCAUGUGACAGCAGUGGACGGACUGCAGGAGAGCCAGGGACAUAUUGUGUGCUAAGUCCAAAGGGAGAUUUAAGAGACUUCUUAAAUCUAUAGCUUACAUAGUAAACUUAUUUCGUCCUGCAGCCUGGCCAGUCAGAGUUGUAUCAUUUAAUUCCCCAAUCAACCUCUAAGGGACCAAUUACCAUCUAUGUUGUCAGAACAAUCUGUUCUUCAUGGUGUACUCUUCGCCUAUUGUUCCAGCGUGUUAACCAUGUUUUGUUGGAAUUUAAUAUUUGUUUUGUUUACAUAUUGUACAGCGCUGCAGAAUAGGUUGGCUCUAUAUGAAUCAUUUUAAGUGCAAUUGUAACCGGAUACAAUUUUAAUGACCCCAUAUGGGUCUCUCAGGAACAUAUAUGUGGGGAAUUACAUUCUUGAAUAUAUUUGGGUACCAUUUUUGGUAAUACAAAGUUUAAUAGUUGGUCAUUAAGAGAUUAUAUAGGUGAUGUGUCUUACUUAUCUGGGCCAAGACACUAACAGAAAUGGAGACAUUGUCUGUGAUAGCAUAACACUGUGUAAUACUUAUUUUGUAAUAUUUCUUUAAUUGGAACUCAACUGCAGCAUUUCUUGGUUGCAACAACAAUAAGGUUCACCUCCUUUUAUAUUGGUAUGAAACUAUGGUCACUGUACCUUUAAAUAUCCAUGUAGGUAAAAUUAGGCUUUGUAGCAAUCCCUUAUGAGUAAGAGGAAUAAUUAGACAAAGUGACACUUUAGUGAGUUUUAGAUACUGUGUAAUAUAAAUAAUAGUAAUUGACUUGUUUGGUAAAAGUAUUACUUAACUUAAAGGCAGUUCUGGCACUGGAAGGGUUAAUUCACCCAAUGAAGGAGAAAUUAGAAGUCUGUUUCAACAAGCUGAGAACUAGGAGUGGAGAGUGGGGAAGUCCGUUUUAACAAGCCGAGGUCUGGGAGUGGAGAAGGUAGAAUUCAGAGUUACAAGCCGAGGUCUAGGAGUGGAGAAGGUAGAAAUCCGUUUACAAGCCGAGGUCGAGAAGUGGAGAAGGUAGAAAUCCGUUUACAAGCCGAGGUCGAGAAGUGGAGAAGGUAGAAAUCCGUUUACUAGCCGAGGUAUAGAAGUGGAGCAGGUAGGAUCAGAAGUAGAGCAGCUGAUCUUCAUGCAGCACCUGUGCGAAUAAUCCAGCCCUUUGAAUCUGGCGCGGUCCUCCUAAGUAUCGUGGAGGGACCGCGUCAGAGAAAGGGGCGGGGCUGAGCGCCGUGAACCCGGAAGUGGGUUCCGGCGAUAAAUUACAUGCCAUGCUAUACCUGACAGUACCCCCUUCCCAUGGGGCAUCCUCUGGGUGCACUAUUUCGGUUUGGAGGGAUAGCGUUUGUGAAAGGCAGUAACUAACCUCCUAGCAUGUACAUUGGAUGAAUCUUCCCAAGUGUCUUCAUCAACUCCAUAACCUUUCCAUCUGAUAAGGUAUUGUAAGGAGCCACGGUGGACACGAGAAUCCAAAAUUUUGUGAAUUUCAUAUUCUUCUUCACCUUGGACAAUGAUAGGUUCAGGAGUUGUUACUAUUUCUCUAUAAAAAGGAUCAGGGAUGUGUGGUUUAAGUAAGGAGACAUGGAAUACUGGAUGAAGUUUAAAACUUGGAGGAAGUUUUAGUUUAACAACGUUAUCAUUAAUGAUAGUAAUUACUUGAAAGGGACCAAGAAAAAGAGAGCUCAAUUUCUUUGAAGGACGGCUUGUGGUAAUAUUCCUUGAAGAGAGCCAGACAAGAUCCCCUACCUUGUAAGGAGGGGGAAUUCUUCUAUUAUUGUCAAAAAACUUUUUCUGGUUAUUUUGGGCGAGUUGAAGAUUCUCCCGUAAUUUGAAAAAUAGAGAAGACAUAAAUUCAUUUUUUGAUGUAACAGUAGGAUUGGAUGAAGUAAUGGUUUGGAUGGGGAAUGAAGACGGAUGAAAACCAUAGUUGGAGAAGAAAGGAGUCAUUUUCGUACUAGAAUGAAUGGUAUUAUUGUAAGAAAAUUCGGCCAUAGGUAACCAUGUGGUCCAGUCAUCUUGGAGGUAUGAACAAUAACAUCGAAGAUAUUGUUCCAAACAUUGAUUAACCCUUUCUGUUUGCCCAUUAGUUUGGGGAUGAUAAGCGGAAGAGAGUUUGCGUUGAAUUUGAAGGGAGAGACACAUCUCUUUCCAGAAUUUGGAGGUAAAUUGUGUCCCCUAUCAGAAAUAAUUUCUUCAGGAAGACCAUGAAGUUUCACAAUAUUGUCAAUAAAGACCUUAGACAAUUCUACAGAGGAGGGUAAUUUUUUUAAAGAAAUGAAAUGGGACAUUUUUGUGAAGCGAUCCACAACGACAAGAAUAGUGGUGAAAUGUUGAGAAGGUGGAAGAUCAACGAUAAAAUCCAUAGAAAUGGAUUGCCAAGGUUUUUCUGGAAUAGGUAAGUUAAGUAGUAAUCCAAAAGGUUGAUUAUGUUCUGGUUUAGACCUUUGACAGAUAGGACAUGUUUUGACAUAUAAUGCAAUGGUUCUAUCCUGGAGAGGCCACCAAUAAUAUCGUGAAGUUAGUUCAAGUGUUUUCUUUAUUCCAGGAUGUCCAGCUAGGGGGGAAUCAUGAACCAUCUUAAGUAAUUUAUUCCUAAGAAUGGGAGGAAUAUAAAUUCUAUUUUUAAAAUAAAAUAGACCAUCCUUUUUUAUUAGUAUAGGUGUUUUGGGAAGUUCAAGAUCCUUCUGAUUCAAAUUCUUUAUGUCAUCAUGAAGAGAAGAGAGGAUUCCUAUUAUUUUGGUAGAAGGAUAAUCAUCAGUAGUAGUUUUAGAAGGAAUUCGAGAAAGAGCGUCAGCCUUUUUAUUUCUAUUUCCAGGUCUGUAUAUUAAUUGGAAGUUAAAUCGGUUAAAGAAUAGGUUCCAUCUAACUUGUCUAGCUGUAAGGGUUUUGUUAGUAUAGAGAUAUUCAAGAUUUUUAUGGUCAGUAUAAACUAUUAUAGGUUGUUUUGUAUCUUCCAGAAGAUGACGCCAAUUUUCGAAGGCAGCUUUAACACAUAAUAAUUCUUUUUCACCAAUAGGAUAAUUUUUUUCAGCAGAGCUCAAGGAUCUUGAAAAAAAGGCAACUGGAUGAAGUGGAUCUUGUGGAGUCUUUUGUUGAGAAAGAACUGCUCCGAUGGCUGCAUCUGAUGCAUCAACUUCAAGAACAUAUAGGAAUGUUGGAUUAGGUAGUUGUAGAAUAGGUGCAGUUGUAAAUCUUUUUUUUAAUUCGUCGAAGGCUGUUUGAGCAUCUUUAUUCCAAUUAAAAGGACGUUUACUACUGUUGAGGAGGUUAAGAGGAUGUGAUACAUCCGAAUAGUUUCUAAUAAAUUUUCUAUAGAAGUUUGCAAAUCCAAGAAAACGUUGUAAUUCUUUUGUAGUAGUAGGAGCAGGCCAAUCAAUAAUACAUUUGAUUUUGGAAUUAUCCAUCUUCAAAGAAUGAGGUGAAAUAAUGUAUCCUAGAAAAGAGAAUUCAGUAACCUCAAAAAGGCAUUUUUCUGGUUUAGCGUAUAAUUUAUGAGUUCUCAGUCUAGAUAGAACCCAUCUAACAUGUUUCCUAUGUUCAUCCAAAUUGUUAGAAUAUAUUAAGAUAUCAUCUAAGUAGAUAAUAACACAUACAUCCAGAAGAUCUCUAAAGAUAUCAUUGAUAAAAUGUUGAAACGUUGCAGGGGCAUUACAGAGCCCGAAAGGCAUCACUAGAUAUUCGUAGAGACCAUAUCUUGUCCGGAAGGCGGUUUUCCAUUCAUCAUCCUGUUUUAUUCUAAUGAGGUUAUAUGCGCCUCGAAGGUCGAGUUUAGUGAAUAUAGUUGCAGUUCUUAACCUUUCAAUUAAUUCAUUUAUUAGUGGAAGAGGAUAACGAUUUUUAAUAGUUAUUUUAUUUAAGGCUCUGUAAUCUAUAAUAGGGCGGAUGGUUUGGUCUUUAUUCUUCACAAAGAAAAUACUAGAAGCAGCUGGGGAGGUCGAGGGUCUGAUGAACCCUUUGCGUAAAUUUUCAUUAAGAUAUUCUUUUAAAAUUUCUAACUCCUUUUCAGAGAGUGGAUAAAUAUGACCAUAAGGAAUAGGAGCUCCGGGUAUGAGAUCUAUUGGGCAAUCAUAUACCCGAUGAGGAGGAAGUGUUUCCGCUUCUUUUUUACAAAAGACAUCUGCAAAAUCGGAGUAGAAUGGAGGUAUAACUGGUUCUACAGUAGUUUGGAGAAUAGGAAUGUGUUGUAAGCACGUUUUUUUACAGAAAUCAGAAGCAAAGGAGAUGGAGAAGGGAGACCACUUAAUUAAAGGAUCAUGGUUUUUUAACCAAUUAAUUCCUAGAAUGACGGGAUAAAGUGGAGAUUUAAUAAUAUCAAAUGUAAUGAAUUCGAAAUGUACGUUGUUGGUAAUCAUUCUUAGAGGGAUUGUUUCAUCUUUGAUGGGUCCUGAGGAUAUAAAUGAACCGUCAAUAACUCUGAUUGGAAUAAAAUUGGUUUUUUGAACACAAGGAAUUUUAUUUUUUGAAACAAAAGAAAAAUCAAGAAAAGUUCCAUUAGCACCAGAAUCAAUGAUGGCCUCAGUCACGAUUCUUUUUGUAUCCCACUGUAAUAUGAGAGAUAUAGAAAAAUAAGUAGAUGCUUUUCUUUUUUGAAAAACGUUCAAUAUAGAGGUAGAUGAAUGAAGCUUACCACCUUUUGAAUGUUUCAGUAGAGGACAUUCGGAAAUUAGAUGUUCAUUCGAAGCACAAUACAUACAUAAGUUUAGUUGUCUCCUUCUUAUUCUUUCUUCAGAAGUAAGAGGACUUUUUAUUAUACCUACUUCCAUAGGUUCAGUUUGUGGAGGAAUUUUUUCAGGUAGUUUUAGAGUAGUGAAAGGUUUUCUCCAGGUAGAAUUAGUAAGAACCCUUUCAGCUUUUCUUUCUCUUAGACGUCUAUCAAUACUGAUAGACAGUUGAAUCAAUGCAUUUAAGGUAGGAGGAAGUUCUGUACGAGAGAGUUCAUCUUUCACAGCUUCAGAUAAUCCGAGACGGAAUUGAUUGCGUAAAGUAAUGUCAUUCCAUUGGGUUUCUGUAGCCCAUCUUUUGAAUUCUGCAAUAUAAUCUUCAACAGGUCUAUUCUUUUGGUGUAAUGUUCUGAUGGUUAAAUCAGCAGUAGUUUGUUUAAAAGGAUCUUCAUAUAAUAAAGACAUAGCUUCAAAGAACUCAUCCAAUGAAUCCAAUAUGGGAUCAUCAUUUUCCAAAAAGGAAUGGGCCCAUGCCAUAGGUUCACCUCUUAAAAAAGAGAUCACUGAACAGACUUUGGAUCUUUCGGUGGGAUAAGAUCUAGGUUUUAAAGCAAUUAGUAGUUUGCAAGAAUUCAAAAACUCUCUGUACUUUGUUCUAUCUCCAUGAAAUUUUUCUGGAUUACAGACAGCAGGAUCACCAGCCGAUUGAAGAGCAGCAUGAGGAAGAUGACCUUGAAUGUCUCUAACAUAGGUUAAUAUUCUCUCAUUUGUAAUUUGCAGUUCCUGUAACCCUUGAGCAAUCGUAUCCACUCUAUUGGUUAGGGCAGAAACUUGAGAGUUAAUAUCUGCUGGUUCCAUUGAAUGGCUGGAUUAUUCUGUUAUUCUGUAAUACUUAUUUUGUAAUAUUUCUUUAAUUGGAACUCAACUGCAGCAUUUCUUGGUUGCAACAACAAUAAGGUUCACCUCCUUUUAUAUUGGUAUGAAACUAUGGUCACUGUACCUUUAAAUAUCCAUGUAGGUAAAAUUAGGCUUUGUAGCAAUCCCUUAUGAGUAAGAGGAAUAAUUAGACAAAGUGACACUUUAGUGAGUUUUAGAUACUGUGUAAUAUAAAUAAUAGUAAUUGACUUGUUUGGUAAAAGUAUUACUUAACUUAAAGGCAGUUCUGGCACUGGAAGGGUUAAUUCACCCAAUGAAGGAGAAAUUAGAAGUCUGUUUCAACAAGCUGAGAACUAGGAGUGGAGAGUGGGGAAGUCCGUUUUAACAAGCCGAGGUCUGGGAGUGGAGAAGGUAGAAUUCAGAGUUACAAGCCGAGGUCUAGGAGUGGAGAAGGUAGAAAUCCGUUUACAAGCCGAGGUCGAGAAGUGGAGAAGGUAGAAAUCCGUUUACAAGCCGAGGUCGAGAAGUGGAGAAGGUAGAAAUCCGUUUACUAGCCGAGGUAUAGAAGUGGAGCAGGUAGGAUCAGAAGUAGAGCAGCUGAUCUUCAUGCAGCACCUGUGCGAAUAAUCCAGCCCUUUGAAUCUGGCGCGGUCCUCCUAAGUAUCGUGGAGGGACCGCGUCAGAGAAAGGGGCGGGGCUGAGCGCCGUGAACCCGGAAGUGGGUUCCGGCGAUAAAUUACAUGCCAUGCUAUACCUGACACACUGCUACCCAUCAGUUCACUUAAAACAGAAGGCCAUUUUUUUUGGAAAAUAACAAAUCAAACGUUAGCACACACUUAUAUUUUCUGCUAUGUUUUUUUCUUCUUCAUUGAAUGUUCUGUUUUCUUUCAAAAUGUAUAUUAACGUUUCAGAAUGUUGCGUCUCAAUCAAGUAUAGCUCAUAACACAGCCAUGAAGCACAAUGAAUGUGAGGAGGAGAACAGAAUAUUGUUUGGAUUUUACCUCUAUGGUUAAAAAAAAGGCAAGAUUUGUAGUGAUGGUAGACAGGGAGCCAAAAUGGAGACAUUCACUUUCAGGCUACAUAUGCGGACUUCUACAUUUAAUUUCACUUUUCAAAGCAAAAAUCCAUUUUCUAAAUAUACGGGAUAUGGCAUCUGAACAUAAAUGAUCUCAAAUCAUAAAAGGACAAGACAUGUUCUAUAAGUGCUUAUAUUUUUUGACAAAAAUAUGGAUACAUAAAUUAAGACUUUGAGUAAUUAGCAAGUCAUAAGAGAGACCUGAUCGGCUCCCUCCAUGUUAAAAAUAUAAAAGGAAAAUCUAAAAAAUAUGCUUAGCUACGAUACAGUUUUACAUUGCCUCAGUGAUAUCAAUUCAAAUUUUUAUUUACAGAAAAAUCAUAGACAAAACUAUUCAUAGUUUUCUCGCAGAAAAGGCCCAGACUGUACAUUAAAAAUGCACUAUUUAAAAUAAAUAAACAUAAAAAAUACAAAGAUUACUACUAACUCUAGAUUGCGUGUAAAAUUCUAUCUAUACUCAUAGAAACUUAAAAAAAAGAGGAAAUGCAAAUUCAUUUUAUUUUUAUAACAAACACAGUGUUUUUUCACUAACGUCGGAAUUGUUUAAAAUUCAAAGUGAAUUCCAAAUUAAAGGCUAAAGCACACAAACUGGAAACAUAUAUAUGAUUUAUAUAAUCUUUCUAGUUAAACUAUCUUGGACUUACAUUUGAAAUUCACUCUGAAUUCUUGAAAAUUCUCAGUUUAGUGAAUGACCCUGUUUAUUAUACUGCUACUGUCUCUGUAAUGUCCUUAGAAAACUGUAUACAAAUCUUUUGACUAAUGCAUCUUUUGAACAGGUGGAAUCGCCAUAUUUGCAAUAACCACCUUAAUCAUGGACUUCUUGAAGCUGGGCUUCUUUGUUGGAUAUAUGGAAUGCAUGCCAUUAAUUGAAGGGAUUUACCCAGCUGCACAUAUAGUUCAUACGAUCGUCCAGGUAAGUGACUGUGCAGGUGUUUUAUAUUUGGUUACGUCAUGUGUUCAUUGCCAUCAGACAUUCUAAAUAAUAAAACAGUUCAAACUAUAUCUUGCCUGAAAACUGUUCCUCUUUCAGCGGCACAGUCACGCUUUCCCUGGUGUCCCAAAUCUAGGGAGAUGUGGUGUUCCACAUCUAGGAACACCAGGGAAAUGGCCUCACACAGCAGAAUGCGAUUGAAUCAUUAGACGUGCUUGCGUUAUACAUCGGACAUUACGAUCUUGCUGGAAAGCAAUCAGCAGCUCUCCCUGCAUGGUCCAGGCUGCAUGUCAGUUGGUGGGCUCACCCCUUUUUUGGACAAGACACCCUUUUUCCAAAGGCCACACCCUUGGUGGACGUCUCUAGUGACAUGGCUCACGUCACUGGAGACGCACACUUGGGUUUCCGCCCAUCCUGACUUGCAGAAGCCACAUGUUGGAAGGUAUGCUAUAUAUUAAAAUAUUAUAGCUUAUCUCUACAUAGUUACAUAGCUGAAAAAAGACUUUCGUCCAUCAAGUUUAGCCUUCCUCACAUAUGUUUUUGCUGUUGAUCCAAAAGAAGGCAAAAAAACUAGUCUGAAGCACUUCCAAGUUUGCAACAAACUAGGAAACAAUUCCUUCUUGAUCCCAAAAUAGCAGUCAGAUGUCUCCUUGGAUCAAGCAGCUAUUACCCCACUAAUUAGAAAUUAUAUCCCUGUAUAUUAUGUUUUUGCAAGUAGUUAUCCAAUUGCAGUUUAAACAUCUGUAUGGACGCUGAUAAAACCACCUCUUCAGGCAGAUAAUUACAUAUCCUUAUUGCUCUUACUGUAAAAAAACCUUUUCUUUGCCUUAGAUGAAAUCUCCUUUCUUCCAGUCUAAAUGUGUGACCUCAUGAAUAGAUUUCCAGAUAAUGGUUUGUACUGGCCCCAAAUAUAUUUGUAUAAUGUUAUCAUAUCCCCACUGAGGUGCCGUUUUUCCAAACUAAAGAUAUUAAAACAUUUUAACCUUUCUUCUUAACUAAAAGGUUCCAUUCCUUCUAUCAAUUUUGUAGCUUGUCUCUGCACUUUUUCUAAUGCCAUGGUAUCCUUCUUUAGAACAGGUGCCCAAAAUUACACAGCAUAUUCAAGGUGUGGUCUUAUCAGCGAUUUAUAAAGAGGCAAAAUUAUAUUUUCAUCUAGAGAAAUUAUGCCCCUAUUUAUACAUGACAAAACCGUACUGGCCUUAGCAACUGCAGAUUGACAUUGCAUAUUGCUGCCUAAUUUGUUGUCUAUAACAAUUCCCAAAUCCUUCUCAUGUGUGGUUAUCCCUAAUUCACUAACAUUUAGAGUGUAAGUUGCUUGUGCAUUCUUGACCCCGAAGUGCAUAACUUUGCAUCUCUCUACGUUAAAUUUCAUCUGCCAUUGUAGUGCCCAGUUCCCCAAUCUAUCCAAAUCCCUCUGCAGCAAAGAAAUAUCCUGCUCACAUUUUAUUACUUUACAAAGUUUUGUGUCAUCUGCAAACACUGAAACAUGGCUUUCAAUGCCUAUUUCAAGAUCAUUUAUAAAUAUGUUAAAUAGAAGUGGUCCCAAAACAGAACCCCGAGGGACGCCACUUACCACUUUUAUCCAGCCUGAAAAUGUACCAUUAAUGACAACUCGUUGUACUCGAUCCUUAAGCAAAUGUUCUACCCAAGAACAAGAAUAAUCAUCUAUUCUACACCAAUUUCUUUUAAUUUGAAGACUAACCUAUUGUGAGGAACCGUAUCAAAUGCCUUGGAAAAAUCCAAGUAUAUCACAUUACUGAUUUACUGAUGUCCUUAAACAUUACUGAUUUAUAGGAAUUCACGCUAUCCCUUUACAGAUUAAAAAAAAAUAAAAACCUAUUUCUUAUUUGUGCUAGUACCUAGCUUAAUUUUUCCUGAAGGUCAAGAGUUCCCUCAAAAUUCUUGUUGCACAGAAUAGGCAGGCCCGCACAGAAGAGGCAGGCCGCAGCCUUCAGAAUCAGGCAGGGACCAUUACUGAAGCACUCUCUGUAUGGUUCUAGUGCAUAUCGCAAGCACAUCUAAUGGCUGUGGGACACCAGGGAAUUAAAACAGAAUGGCAGGAGAGACCCCCGCUUUAAUUCCCACUUUGUCCAACCAAAAGUGGGACAGUUAUGAGGCCUGUCUGUGGCAUCGCUGCGAGGAAGUGAUUUCAGACCACUUCCUCCUAGUACUCAUGGAAACUACACAGAAGGUUAGAAGAGGUGCCAGAAGCCUGCAAUCCUUUACCUGCCCAAUGCUCCAUACACCCCAAAGAAGCCACCCUACAGAUGUAAAAUGGUGGCUAAAUACAAUAUACAUUUUAAGUGUUAAUGUAGUAAAGUAUAUGUAACUGGGUGUUUACCAAUGUGUGUAUAUCAGAGUGUAUGUGUAGCAGAGUAUGUCUAUAUGUCUAGUAGGGUUUGGAUGUGUAUUUAUCAGUGUGAUUGUGUGUUUGUUUAUACAAAGUGUGUUUUUGUGUCUGGCAGUGUGAACUGUAAGUAUAUAUCCCUGUUUGGAAUGCAUAUUUGUACACCUGAUUGUGUCUGUGAUUGUGUCUCUCUCUCUGGGAGAGAAUAUCUCUGUCUGUGUUUGGAAGUGUGUGUGUUGGAUGACCUAUCUAGUGGACCUGUAAGGGGUCCAAAGAAUUUUAAUGGCGGCCCUGAGGACAAUAUUUAGGAUUAUAUAAAGAACCUGAUUGCAAUGGAACACUUUUGAAAUAGGUAAACUUGUGAGAGAAGCAUCUAGGCCUCCUUAUAGAUAAAGUCACUCCAACAAGGCCCAGUGGUUUUUACCAUGCAAAAUUAUCAACAAUUAAACCCCACAUGGCUAUUAUAAUUCCAAAUAGCUAUUCCUAAAUAGAGGAAAUGUGAAAGUGUAGAACCGAUCUUAUGGUCUUGUAUGUAGACAUUAAAGGGUUAAUUUUAUAGGUUUAAAUGGCACUGCUCCUGUUAUGAGAAAGGAUCUCUUAUAUUAAGAAGUUGGACCAUUUUAAAUGGAGUGCUUCUGGCCCCUUUAUUAUUUCUAGAGUCUAUAGUUUAGCUUUCCAGCAAUAUCUUACAAGUGGCCCACUUAGGAUUAAUUAUCACCUUUUACUUUGCAGUUAGGGAGGAAUUGUGUCUGAUUAGAGAGGCUGAUGUUUCAAUCUCCAUUUUCCAUUUAAACUAGGACGUGUGCAUUGAGAAGUGUAGUUUUAAUCCAAAACCCAGAGAUUAUUGUUGUCCCAGGAUUGCAUGUACUAUGAGGAGGAAUUGAUAUUUUGAAUGAAGAAAUAGCUAUACUUUUGAAUUUCAAUGUCCCUAUGGCAUACCAACCAACAUUUGAAACAUGUAAAGAGGAACAUUUUAAUUAUAGGGACGUAAGUGAGGGUGUGGCCAGGGGCGGGACUAUUCUGAGAAAUUUUUAGGUCACUUAGUAAUAACAAUUUAUACAUCUAAAAUGUAAGUUAGAAGAAGAACAAUGCAUCUUAUUUACACAAACUGAUUUCUAAACUCAUUUAUUGUAGUUGAAAGACACAUUACUGCGAGUAUUAUUGCUGCAAAGCUCUUUUAAAAACUGAGACCCACCAACAAUAUGAAGCUCCUAGAAAAGAAGGACAUUAGGAUAGAAAAGAGGGUCAGAUGAAUUUGGAUCCAAAAUAGGGACUGUACCUCCUAAAUAGGGACACUUAAAGGACCACUAUAGUGCCAGGAAAACAUACUAGGGGCCCCCCUCCCACCGGGCUCUAGGGUGUGGAAGGGUCUAAAUUUACCUCUUUUUCCAGCGCUGGGCAGGGGACUCUCCUCCUUCCUUUCCUCCUCCUUCUCAUUGUCAUUGGCUGAAUGCGCAUGCACGGCAUGAGCUGCGCGCGCAUUCAGCCAGUCCAUAGGAAAGCAUUCUCAUUGCUUUCCUAUGGACGCUGGCGUCUUCUCACUGUGAAAAUCGCAGUGAGAAGCGCGAAAUGAGACAGCCACUAGAGGCUGGAUUAACCCUAUUAUAAACAUAGCAGUUUCUCUGAAACUGCUAUGUUUAUAGAAGAAAGGGUUAAACCUAGCUGAACCUGGCACCCAGACCACUUCAUUAAGCUGAAGUGGUCUGGGUGCCUAUAGUGGUCCUUUAAGAGGUAUGAUGUGGGUGUGAAUAAAGCUGUUGGAUUUCAAUACAUGACUAUUGGUUUGGCUUCUAAUAUUUUCUCUUUGUAUCAUCCUGAAGAUGAUUUAUAUUUGCAUCAUGUGAACUCAUGAGCAUAUAUUUUUUUUGGUCCGUGGACCAUCAUUAGGAAAAAGCAUAUUUUUUUUCAUAUUGGUCUACAAUUUAAUUACAUUUUUGGUUAAAGUAAUAUCCAUAAAUGAAGACAUCAUGUACAGUUGUUUUGCAAUUUGGAUUUGAAAAACAUUAUAAUUAUUAUGUCAAAUAAUGAAUUUCAUUUUUAACUCUAGUAGUUAAAGGACCAGUUUGUGUGACAUAACAACUUCAUCAUAAUUAAGUUGUUAUGUGACAAGGAUGUCCCUGGAGCUGGCUCACCUUAAAAGUUUAAACCGUUCUCAAAUGGCUUAACCUAAAGGUCUGUGUUCCAGCGCUGAAUAUGCUUGCUUCUCUAUCCUUCUGUUUUCUCAAAAUUAAGAGACUGGAAGGCUCUUCAAGAAUCAUACAGUGAGGGAAAAAGUAUUUGAUACCCUGCUGCUUUUGAACGUUUGCCACUGACAAAGGAAUGAUAAGUCUAUAAUUUUAAUGGUAGGUGUAUUUUAACAGUAAGAGACAGAAUAACAAAAAUAAAAUUCAGAAAAACACAUGUCAAAAAAGUUAUAGAUUGAUUUGCAUGUCAAUGAGUGAAAAAAGUAUUUGAUCCCCUAUCAAUCAGCAAGAUUUCUGGCUUCCAGGUGUCUUUGAUACAAGUAACGAGUUGAGAUUUGGAGCAUUCUUUUAAAUGAAGUGCUCCUACUCUGAGCUUGUUACCUGUAUAAAAAGAAGCAAUCAAUCAGAUUCCAAACUCUCCACCAUGGCAAAGACCAAAGAGCUGUCCAAGGACAAGAUUGUAGACCUACCAGGGCCGUCUUUAACGUUGGGCAAAUAGGGCAGCUGCCCUGGGCCCAGUUACUGUUGGGUGGCCCUUCGUCCCUUGAACAUUUUUUUUCCCCCAUGGGGCCGACGGCCUGCACAUUAAGGAGUCCACCAGGUGGGUAUUUGUAAGCAGGGGCCUGGUUACACCCUGUAGCCCUUUAUCAGCGCAACCGGGCCCUCUGCUUUUCGGCAGCACUGGGAGGAAGUGACGGCCACGAGUCACUUCCUCCCACUAAGGAGAGGAGCCACGUGGGAGAUGAAGGAGGGGGCUGGGCAGUUAGAGGCAGCCUCAGCCUCCAGUCUGGACACCGGGGAAACCACCCUCCAAGGUAGGAAACGAGAGGAUGGGUUUAAAAGUGUAAAUUUAUGCCAGUAUGUCUGUGUGUAUGUCAGUAUGUCUGUGUGUGUAUGCCAGUAUGUCUGUGUGUAUGUCUGUGUCAGUGUAUGUGUCUGCGUGUUUGUCAGUGUGUAUGUCUCUGUGUAUGUGUGUUAGUAUGUCUGGCAGGGGGCAGGGUCCAGGGGUCCCAAGCAAAUGGUUGCCCAGGGUCUGGUCAACAUUAAAGACAGCCCUGAGACCUACACAAGGCUGGAAUGGGCUGCAAGACCAUCGCCAAGCAGCUGAAAUCCUACAACGCCCCCUGCUCAAGAAAGCACAUGUACAGGCCCGUCUGAACAUUGCCAAUGAACAUCUGCAUGAUUAAGAGGAGAAUUGGGUGGAAGUGUUGUAGUCAGAUGAGACCAAAAUCUCUUUGGAAUCAACUCAACUCGCUGUGUUUGGAGGAGGAAUGCUGCCUAUGACCCCAAGAAAACCAUCCCCACCUAUGGCCGGACUGGGGAAAAAAAUGGAGAGGGGGCGGGGCCAGAGAGGGUGUGUUUAGUCAUCCCCAAUGACAAGCACGCCCCAUUUAAAGUGAGCAUGUUGGGUCAAUGCUCUUCCAGGGCAGACCAUGCACAGAGCUCUGCUGAAGAGCUCUAGCAUGAGAAAAAAGGCCCUUUAUUUAUUCUGCACAGCAUUGUGUUUGUUUGAAACUUGUCUCAGGGGUUUCCAUAAAUGGGAUACUCACUGUAUCCUAUUUAUGGAGACACUAUGUGUUUGCUUACAAGGAAUCUAGUGUGUGCAUAGGGGAUCCAGAGUGUGUAUGUCAGAAAUGUAGUGUGCGUGUGUAGGUGGUGCAGCGUGUGUGUAGGGUAUCUAGUGUGUGUUUGAAGGACCUAGAGUGUGUAUAGGAGAUCUAGUGAGUGUGUGUGUAGAGGAUUCAGAGUGUAUAUAUAGAUCUAGUGUGUGUAUAUCUGUAGAUGUGUGUAUGUGUGUUAGGGUGCUGUGUGAGGGUGAUAUGUGUGUGUUAGGGUGCUGUGUGUGUGAGUGAGGGUGCUGUGUGCUAGGGUGCUGUGUGAGGGUAACGUGUGUGUGUGUGUUAGGGUGCUGUGUGAGUUUGGAGGGAUUGUGUGUUUGGGGGAGGCAGGUUAAUGCCAGGAUUUAUGUAUUUAGAUUUUUAUAAUAAAAAACAAACAAAAAAAAAGGCAUUAUAUCACUUCCUCUUACCUGUAGCCUGGGAGGGGGGACCCUGCUGCCAUCCAUCCCUGGUGGUCUUGUGAAACCCUGAGCGUUGUCAUGGCAACUCUCCGAAUCUCGCAAGAGGAACCCGGCAGAGCUGCAAGAUAGAGCUCCUCCGGGUCCUCUCCAGUUUCUCUCCCCUGCCGGCGGCCGCAUUUCACUACAUGUGGGUUGGUGAGGGAGAUCUUUGAUCUCCCCACUGGCCCGUCAAGGAACACAGCGGGGCCGGCACCAUGAUAGCGUCGGCACUAUGGCCAUGGCCAUCUUGGCCCACCGGGGAUUUUUGUUUUGUCAUUCUGUCUCUCACUGUUAAAAUACACCUACCAUUAAAAAUAUAGACUGAUCAUUUCUUUGUCAGUGGGCAAAUGUUCAAAGUCAGCAGGGGAUCUAAUACUUCCUUCCCCUACUGUAUAAGGAAGAAUAUUUGUUUUUGUUGGAUAUUGUUUUGCUAUUUUUAACACUGAUAUUUUAGAUGUAUCAGAGCAGACAUUUCAUUAAUACUUAGGUAUUGAAAAUCCUCUGUCUUCUGCAAGAUUGUAUUUCCCUGAAAAAAAAAAUGUGUUUAGUAAAAAAAUAUCUAUAUAUAGGUUUAAUCUUUUGUCAAUCUAAAGGCAUAUAUUCCACCUAUUGUUUAAGGUUCAAUGGAAGGAAAACCUUCUAGUUAUGUCCCUACAUGGCAGAGAAGUGAGAUGUCUUUCACCGAUCCCAUGAGAAAAGAAUAGAUGUAAUGCAAUUCCAAUACGACUCAUUUUACUUGAACAAUGAAUAGGUUGGGCAAACCCAAUAUUGUGAAAGUAACAAUUUUUUUAUUUUUUUUUAAAUAGGGCAUAAUUUAUUAAUUGGCACAAACUAUAAUGUGAAGAUAAUAUUGACUACAUUCAUCAACAUUUUUGAAUACUGGAAAUAAUGUAGCAAUUAUUAAAAUCUUCUUCCCAACCAGUAUUUACUUUUAGAUAUUUUGAGUGAAAAUAACCAAAGAUUUAUUAUUUAAAAAUCAUGAGCCUUUUAAAUGCCUCUGACAAGCUGGAAGCCACCAGCUAAUGCUCUUGGCCAAUCAUUGCUUCCCAUUCAUAAAACCGGCUUGAAAAGAAAUGUACCUUUUUCAAGCCAGUUUUAUGAAUAGGAAGCAAUGAUUGGCCAAGAGCGUUAGUUGGUGGCUUUCCGCUUGUCAGCAGCAUCGCUGCCCGAUUCUACAAGAUCCAUUCAGUUUCCCGAUUUUGAGAAAACAGAGGCACAGAGACAUAGAGGGAUUCGGCUCUGGAACACAGACUUUGGGGAUAAACUGUUCAAGAACGGUUUAACCUCUUAAGGUUAGCCAGCGCCAGGGACCUCCUAGCACCAUAACAAUUUUAUUUCAAUGAGGUUGUUAAGGUUCCCUGAGUGUUUCUUAAAGAGGAAUAAUAUUUGUAACACUUCUUUGUUUUUGUGGGAUAUAUUUUUUCCACUAAUUUUAACACUGUUUCAUGUUUUAAAGUGUCCAUAGAUACAUUUCACUAAUACUUCGAUAUUGAAAUCAAGAUCUUCUGGAAAUAUUGUAUUUCCAUGAAAAAAAAUUUGUUUAGGAAAAAAUAUCUAUAUAUAGCUUUAAUCUUUUGUCAAUCUAAAGGCAUACGUUCUACCUAUUAUUUAAGGUUCAAUGGAAGAAAAACCUUGUAGAUAGUAUGAAUACAUAGCAGAGAAGUGAGAUGUCUUUCACCGAUACCAUGAGAAAAGAAUAGAUGUAAUGCAAUUCCAAUACGACUCAUUUUACUUGAACAAUUAAUAGGCUGGGCAAACCCAAUAUUUUGAAAGUAACAAUUAGGUUUUUUUUUAACAUGGGGCACAAUUUAAUUGGCAAAAACUAUAAUGUGAAGAUAAUAUUGACUACAUUCAUCAACAUUUUUGAAUACUGGAAACUCCAAUGUACCAAUUAUGAAGUCUUUUUUUCUAACCAGUAUUUACUCUUGAAAUAUUCUGAGUAAAAAUAACUAACAAAGUCUUAUUAUAUAAAAAUAAUGAGCCUUUUAAAUGCCUGAACUUAGCAUAUGCACAUGCCAUGUAUAGACUCAUAAAUCCGUCCAAGAUGUGACGCAAAACAGCAGUAAUUUUGGGGUAGAGUAAUUAUUUAACCAUAAUGUUGCAAAGUUUAUCAGUCUAAAUAACAAUCUAUGUAUGAUUAAAACAGCCUACUGAUUCCAAGUCCAAAGGUACACCUAAAUGGGGCUUCUGGUUUUUGCUCUUACCUUAAUCCAAUACCCGGAUCAUGGCCAUCAAAGCCCAAAGCAUAAUACUGUAAAUCCUUCUGCCAAGUAAUAUUGCUUGCCAAAUGUUGGUGGGAAGAGGAUAAAGACAUAAUACCAGGGAAGAGAGAGAAACAAAAGUAAGAGGAAAUAAGGAAAGAAAAAAUUGUGUGUAUGGGGGCAUGAAACAUAGAAACAUAGAAUGUGACGGCAGAUAAGAACCAUUCGGCCCAUCUAGUCUGCCCUAGAACGUUAAUUAAGCUGUUUUGAAAUCGUUAUUUGAAGAUAAAUGUGGUUUGUAAAACACUAUUAUUAUUAUGUCAAAGAGUUAAUUACAUUUAUUAGUACUUAAAGGAACAAUUUGGGCACCAUAGCAAUUUAAUAGAACUGAAGUUGUUAUGGUGCCAGGAGGGCCAUGAGGUCCCUGGUGCUGGCUCACAUUAAGGGGUUAACCGGUUCUCGAACUGUUUAACCCCAAUGUUGGUGUUCAUGUCAUAGACUUACAUGCACCUGGCACCUGUGCCCCUCUUUUCUCCCCAGGCCACACAUCCGGCAGAAUGCAUGUGGAGCAUUCCGACCGCAUGGCGUAAGUACAGUUGCACAACCUGAAUAGGAAUAAUAGACUUACCUUCGGUCCUGGAAAUGGUUCCCUCUGCUGGUUCGUGGGCUGAACUGCAGACCCUUACAAAGAAGUUAGGACGUUGCAUGCUCUAAGAGCGCCUCCUUAAAUAAAUUUGAAAAUGAUGACAUCACGCCCUCAAAGGGACCACGUCAUCUAGGCAGCUCCAUAUGGUUUGGUGUCACAGAGAUGAUGUGAACCUCUAAGGCCCAGGAAUAUGGCUUUUGGACCCUCACUUUGUGGGUAUUAUUUUCCUGCCUGUAAGGGUAACAGCAACUGUGACUUUACAAUAGGGCCAUGGACUCUGCAAGAAUGGGAGAUCGACAGACUACUCGUGAGGCAAUGUUUGAGGAGAUAGCUCAUAAGAUGGAUCAGUUUGAUUAAGCUUUCCAGACCUUGUUUGCCAGAACUGCCCACCUCUCUCCUGACAAUCCUUCACCUAUGUCUCCCCAGACUAUACAGCUGGUGAUAGAGGCAUCUGGUCAGAACACUAUAACCACAAGCUUGACACCACCAUCUUAAUAUGGCAGCAAUCUUAAAACCUGUCAAGGGUUUAUGAACCAAAUUAAGUUUAAUUUUGAAACAUCCCCCAGAUCAUUUCCUGUAGAAAAGUCUAACGUAGGAUUUUUUUAUUCACCAACUAACAGACAAGGCUUUGAAAUAGGCUAAUCCAAAAUGAGAGGCAAACAAGGCUUUGUUCUAUGAUUACCAGACCUUUGUAAAGGACUUCUGUAAGGUGUUUGAUACACCUGGGAGAGUGUGGCUAAGUCGCUAAUGAGAAUAAAACAGGGAAAUAGAACCAUGGCAGACUAUGACCAUGGACCAAUGCAGGCAGGGGAGAUCCUUUCAUGCCGAGCCAGCCUUGCUGUAAGCCCUCUCGGGCUGGUGAUGAGAUCAAAAAUCUCCCUUACCAGCCUACUGGCACUUAGUUGCAGCAGAGGGAGGAAAGAGCCUAGGAGGUUCUGUGUUCCUCUUGCGAGCAGGCUGGUUGGAGUGUUGCUGCGUGUUAUUAUGACAACACUCCAAUACAGUGCUGUACUUGCAGGACAGGAGAGUCACGCUGCAGCCGGAGGAGCUGCAGACUUAAGUGAACAUGCCACCACUGGACCUUCACGGCUUGCAGCUUUAUGUCCCCUCUCCCUCAUAAAAGGAAAGAAGGAAGGGGGAGACAUUAAGAUAGAUUUUUACAUCUCACCCACCUACACACAGCAUAGACCCUUGCCCCCCUCACACACAAACACACACUACACCUCUCACACACACACAGACUGCCCCUCUCACACACACACUACAGCCCUCACACACACACUCAGACUGCCCCCUCACACAUGCACAGCACCCCUCACAUGCACUGCACCCUUCACACACACUGCACAGACACACAAAUGAAAAAAAGCAUAGAAAAUAGAUUUUUUUUUAAAAAUAGAAAAUGUAUUUUAAAUAGUCUUUAUUCAAAUUUUUUCCAUCAUAUAAAAGACAAUACAAAACAGUAAACAAACAAAAUAAUUGUCAAUAAUAAUACAUAUUACAUUCUACCUGUGAGGAAAAAAACGACUGAGCUAGGACAAGGAUGUACUUAUCUAAUCUUUAAAUACCUUGUAUUUAAAACAUCUACAGUGCAUAUUUUACUCAGACUUUACGUAAAUGUUAAUACUAGGUCCAAACAUUUUCUCUUGACAGUUUAUUCCUGACUGAGGUAUUAUUUCUCCAGCAUAUGCCCAAUUCCAUCUAUAAUUGUAACGUCAGUUGUUUUACCCACUGACAAUAGCUCAUUUCUAAGGGUUGUUUCCAGUUUCUUGCUAAAAAUAAUCUUCACGGCCAAAAAGCUAUGUGUGCUCAGAUAAUAUUGGAAUGUUAAUUCCGGCCAACCCAAGUGUAGUAUUGCUCUCAUCUGAGUUUCAUUAAUUUUAAUCUUAACACAAUCAUAUAAAGUUUUAUAAACCUGAUCCCAUAAUUUUUAGAUUUUUGAACAACUUCACCAUUUGUGUAGAUAACUACCAACUACCUUCAUACAUCUCCAACACAAAUUUGAAACACUAGGAUCCAUUUUAUGCUGGCACUAAAUACAACCUAUUAUAUACUUUAUAAAACGUUUCAAUCAGAUUUAUAUUAUUAGUAUUAUUAUUAUUAUUAUUUGUUUUAACUAGUAUUUCACCCCAUACACAAAUGUCAAUAUUAAUAUUACACUCAGUUUCCCAUUUUCAAAACGGUUUUGGCAGAAUAAUUUGAGACAUUGAUCCGAUCAACAUGUAACAUUUUGAUAAAAGCUUUGCAGUUUUUCUUAUUUCAAAAUUGUUUUAAUAUAUAUGGAGUUUUUACUUUUCCCCUCAUCUAAAUUUCUUGAGACCAGUGAUUUAACUCUUAAGUAAUUAAAUAUUUCAGAUUCUGGUAAAUUAUAUUCUAGGACUAACGAUGCAAACAUUUUCUUUCUUCACUCCUUCCUUAUAUUAUUUACGUCUUUGAUUUUAUUUUAUUUCCACAGAUCUAGGUUUAAAUCAUCUGUUAGAAAUUCCAGUAUCUCCAACUCCAUAAAUCCAUAUAUCUUUCCAGUAUUUUUCAUAUUUUGUCUUAAUUUAAACCAUACUGGAAAAAUGUGGGUUAAAAUUGUAUUUUAAUUUUUUUUUUCAAUACCAGAUAUCCUUUACUCUGCCGAACAAGUUUAUUUAGCUCAAUCUUAUUCAAUGACUGAGUUUCCAAGAUAAACCAUCCUGUUCCUUUUUAGGUGUUAUUUGAAUAUGUAGGAUUAUACUGGCUUCGUAAUGGUUUUUGAUAUUGGGGAAAUUCACACCACCAUGCCCCAGUAUCAGGAUUACUGUAUGAUCCAGCACGUAGAAAUGUAUAGCCUGAAUGACAAAUAAGUAACGUAUUACCGGUCCUUAGAAUGGCCGGAUUUAAAGUACAUAGAAUAGUCAAAAUACUAGCCGAGGUCAGGGAACACAGAAAGGUACGCAACGAUGAGGAAAGCCAGGAGUCAGGAUACCAGAAUACAGAGAAGUCAAUAAGCAAAGCCAAAGUCAAAAACCAGUAGAAAACUGUAAACAGGAACGCGCUCUCGGACAACCACAUUGGAGACCACGACAGGGCACUGAGUGGAAUCAGACUAGGUUUUUAUAUCCACCCUCCCUUUCCCAUUGGUCAGCCCCGUAUUUUGGCUCCAAAAUGUGGGUGUGCAGUGCUCGCACUCACAGGGUUAUUUCUGCCACUGAAUGUGCAACGGCCGGUGCCAGACUGUAUGUUGAGACAGUCAGGACUGAAAGCUUCUGGCCGCUGAGCACCAGGUGAGGGAAAAGUGUCCCAGGCUAUUAGUCAACUGUUCUAAAUUAAUGCAGGGUCUUUUCCCUCUCCAUAUAAAGUUUCUAAAACUUCUCUGUAUAAGCUCUAGCCAGCUGUCAAGUAUCUUUAGUGGAAUCAUUUUUAAAAAUAUAGGUCCGCUUGGGAAUUAUGUAAGCAUUGAUGAUAUUCAUUUUUCCUAGCCAACUUAAUAGCAAAGUAUUCAUUUUUUUUAGAGUUCGAUUUGUUAAUCUAAUCAGUUUCCAGAAAUGAUCUUCUCCUAUUCUAUUUGUUUUAUCCAAUAGCAUUGUACCUAAAUAUAUAUUGCAUUCUCAUCCAUCAAAUGAGCAACAGAAACAAUUGGAUCAGUCAGGGUCAUUAUAGUGUUGUCAGCAUAUAUACACAACUUCAGUUCUUUAGAGGCUGUUGGAAUGCCCUUAAUACCAGGAUUUGUCCUAUUUCUUAUUGCUAGAGACGCUAUAGAUAGUAUAUAUAGAAUUGGUGAAAGAGGGCAACCUUGGCGGGUGCCAUUACCUAACAAAAAACAAUUGGAACAUAGAUCUAUUCCCAUCACCCUAGCCAUUGGUUCUUGAUAUAUAGUUUUAAUUACUGCUCUCAUCCAGCCACCAAAACCCAUAGACUCAAGCACCCCGAAUAUAUAUCCCCAUCCAACCCUGUCAAAGGCUUUUUCUGCAUCCAAUGACAUGGUCAGAAUGGGAUUCCCCGAUCUCUCUCCUCAAUACAAUAUAUUAAUCAGACGUCUUGAAUUAGUGCUUGCCUGUCUAGUGGGACCAAACCAAUCUGGUCUUCAUGUACCAGGCUAGGGAGAAGUAUUUUUAUCCUGUCUGACGAAAUCAGCUUAAAAUCUACAUUUAUUAGGAAGAUCGGACGGUAAUUCUUAAGUUCUUGAGGGUCCUUAUCCUUUAAGAUUGGUAAUAAAUUAGCAUAUAACAUUUCUUUUGGCCCGGAACCCUUUUCCACACUCUCAUUAACCCCUUAAGGACACGUGACAUGUCAUGAUUCCCUUUUAUUCCAGAAGCAUGGUCCUUAAGGGGUUAAAAGCAUUUACUAGAUGUUCUGAUAUUAUAUCCUUAUAAAGCUUUUAAAAUCUAUUAGUCAGACCAUCUGGGCCAGGGGUUUUAAAAUGUUCUAAUUUUUCAAUGUUUAAAUUCUGCUUUAGUAAAAGGAACAUUCAUGAUGUUUGGUUCCUGUGUUAUUUUAGGAAUUCUAUGUCCUUUCAAUAUUUGAUGUCCCUCAGGUUGUUUUAGUAUAUUAUAUAGCUCUUCAUAAUAAGUUUGAAAUUUUUUUGCUAUAGUUUCUGGGUUUCUGUAUAUUGUCUGAUCUUUUUUGAUACAUGUUAUCCUUUUUUUUCCCUGCUUUCAUUUAAAACUUAUUAGUUAACCAUUUCGUUAUUUUGUUGUUAUGGUAAAAAUUCAUAUUAAUUUUCUCAAAAUUUGUAUUAAUUUGUUCCAUUUCUAUUUAGUUAAUUUUAUCUUUAAGAUCCUUUAAUUGUUUUAUCGUUUCACUAGUUAAAAUGUUUUUUUAUUAUUUUUAUAUAACCUAUAAUCUAUAUAUAUUUCUUCAUCCAGACGCCAAGUAUUAAAAGGUUUAUAUAUAUUUUUUUAAUCUUUUAUAUCGAACAAAUUAUAGCCAUGAUCCACCCAUUGAUUCUCCUUUAUUAUAAUUUUCUGGAUUUGUUCUACUAAACUAUUCUCUCCCAAAACCAGAUCAAUUCUAGAUAAUGAAUGGUGUUCUCAAGAAUGCGGUGUAAAUCCGUUUUCUUUUACAUGAUAGACUCGCCAUGUAUUCAAGUUAUUUUCUUUUAUAAAAUUUCAUAGAAUGUUAGAUUGCUUCUUUAAUUGGUUACUUAUUUUUCUAUAAUCUUUAGUUUUUUUUUUUUUUUAAUGUAAUACUGUAUCCGGGACACAAUUACAGUCCCCUGUAAUAAGUAACAUUCCCAUUUUUACUUUUUCUACUUCAUCCAUUAUCUUUUUUAGAUACUUUGUUGGUAAUACAUUUGGCAGAUAGAGGUUUACAAAAGUGUAUUUAACAGAGUCUAUCUUACAAACUAGGAUUUGAUAUCUUCCUUCUUAUCUCUUUAUUAAGCCAUUUUGAGAAGAUAAUAGCAACUCCUCUCUUUUUUUUUUUCUUUCAAGCGAUGCCUGUAUAACUUCUUCAGACAACUCAUAUCUCCAUCUAAUUUUCUCUUCCCUUUUCCAAUGAGUCUCUUGUAUCAUGGCUAUAUCUAUUUGUUCCAUUCUGAGUAAUUCAUAUAGAACUUUCCUUUUAAGUGGGGGUAUUCAAAGCCUGUAUAUUCAUAGAGAUGCACUUCAGAAUUUUAUCUCUCAUUUACUCCUUACCCCAUUCUCUGCUUUCCUCACAGGAUCAACACAAAAAACUUCUACACAACACAAAAGUUCCCCUAAAAAAAAAAAAAAAAAGGGAAAAACCACAUACAUUCUCACUUAAAAAAGGAGGGGCCUCCAACCCCCUCUUAAUGUAUCCCUUGACAUAAUUCCCCAUAAUGUCAAGAGCUGAGAUCUACUAAGUGAUCUCAAGGCAGGGGUAUUUUAAGAGGUUGACCUGGGCCAGCGACACAUUUAUCAAGAACUGUAGCUAAGGAUGUAGAGGUUUAGACACUGAAUGCCAACCAAGAGAGGAGCAUAAAGAAAGGGUUUACCACUUAAAUUAAAUUAUAAUUUUCAUUUAAAGCGGCACUGUCAUUCCGAAAUUACCUUUCUUUAAUCAAUUCCUCUUCUCUCCCUCUGUCAGAAUCUGCUCUUCAUUUUUUCCUGUCUGCUCUAGUUUUCUUUAAAACAUAAGACAAAGUAGGGACUACUUUGUCUUAUGAAGGUUUCCUAUGCCUGACCAGCUAUGACCAGUGGAGGAGCAAAGUGUGCUUCAUUUUCGGAGGUCAGAGCAAUUUUCCCACAAUUCUCACCUUUGAUCAGUGAUCUUGUGAUGCUUCCUGUCAGUAUUCCUGAACGUUCUGCCACUUAGACAGAACGCCGGCGAAACUACUGAAUUCCGUCCUAACAGAAUGAGAACAGUUUCUCCAUUCGUGUUAGGACGCAAUUUCGGACUUUGUUCGGUCAGGUUGGUCAGAUGUUGUAUGAAGGCAGCCAAGGAAAUGUGGCGUAGCCAGUGAAACCAUCGCUGUGUGUAUUUGUCCCUAUCUUUCAGUGUAGUUACUUUCAGGUCUUCAAAUUUCCUCGUGUCCUUAACCUCCUCCACCCAGCACUUGAGGGGAGACAUGUGCGGCUGUCUCUAGAAGAGGGGGGCAAUUGCCUUGGCAGCAUUGAGGAGCCUCAGGAUCACCGACUGUUUGUAUGCUGGAGUCGGCAUAGUGGUAUGUUGUAAGAGGAAUGGGGCUGGGGACAGUAGUAGAGUUUCAUCCAUCACCUCCAGUAUUACCCCGCCGAUUGACUCCCAGAAUGGCUUGAUGAGGGCACAGUCCCACCACACAUGAGUGAACGUGCCUGUAGCCUCUCCACAUCGCCAGCAGGCAUCAAGUAUUAUAGGAUCCCUGGUGUGGAGUGCUGCGGGGGUGAGGGACCAUUGUGUGAGGACCUUGUAAGAGUUUUCAUGUAGUUGUGCCGACCCUGGCGUCUUUUGUACAUGGGUUAUGAUCUUAUUCCAGUCCACCUUAGUUAGUGUCUCCUCGAAGUCCUCCUCAAAUUGUCUGAUGCAUGGGGGUGCUAGUUGAUAUCUGCCCAUAACCAGGUUCGAGUAGAUCAAGGAUAUGGCUUGCAGUGGUUCCUCGGCUUGCGCGCAGAGUGCUUUAAAUUGUGUUUGGUCUCUGAGGAGGCAGGGUUUCUGCGGGAUCGACUAGGCGUAUUGUGUUAUUUGUUCUCUCGCCAGUGUAUGUAGGAAUGUGUGUGGCUUUUCUGGGAAGAGUUUGGUGAGUGAACGGGUGGCAAACAGUGUCUAAAGGAUGCCUGCCAUGUGGAGUAUUGGUAUAUGUUUUGUCAAACGUGGGAGAGGUCCUUGGUCUCCCGCCGGGAAGUCUGGGUUGCCUCUUAAUGGGAGCAGAGGGCCGGGUCUGUCGUGAGAUAAUGCUUCAUGCCGUAUCUAUGCCAGAUCCGCAGGGUUGAUGAAUGGAUUAGUGAGCGGUAUGUGUUUGCAGGCCUCUUUAGUGAUCCAUGGUAAGGUCCGUAAAUUGCAGUCGGUGCUAACCGACUCCAGUUGUAUCCAUGGCUUGUCACUCACUGUUGUUGACCAGCUGAUGACCCUAGGAAGUGGGCAGCCACAAAAUAUUUCUCUACGUCAGGUAGCACAAGUCCUCCUCAAAGUUUGGGUAGCGUCAGUUGGGAGUUCGCUAUGCGAGGGGAUCUGGCCUUCCAUAUAAAUUUGCCUUCAGCGUAUUGAAGAAUUAUUUUGGGGCUGAGAUGGGCACCGUUUGGAAAAUGAAGAGAAUUUUGGGUAGUAGUGUCAUCUUGACUGCAUUCACUCGUCCCAACCAUGAAAUGUAGUAUGAGUUCCAGGCGUGCAAUUCCUCCAUAACAGCCUUAAAAAUAGGCAGGUAGUUGUGGGUAUAGCGGUCUGUCGGGUCAGGUGUGAGCCGAACUCCUAGGUACCGCAUGCGUGUGUCACACCAGCGGAAUUGGUGUUGAACGGUUUGUUUGAGCGUGGGGCUGAUGUUGAGGCCCAGAAUCUCGGAUUUUGAGUAGUUUAUUUGAAGGUUUGAGACUCGACCAUAGGUUUCGAUCUCUGACUGACUUUGUGGUGUGUUCACCCUAUUUGCACUCCAUUGAUGUUUUCGUUACGUGACCUUGUUGAGAAUGGGCUGAAGUGUCAAUGCAAAAAGCAGGGGUGACAGUGGGAGGCCCUGUCAUGUCGUGUGGAUCCGGAAUUGGUCAGAGAUAGUCCUGUUUAUCCGAAUGUGAGUGGUGGGACACUAGUAUAGUGUCUCGACCCAUGAGAGGAAUUUUGGUCUGACUCCCAGGCUCUGAAGCACCCCGAACAUCAGAUCCCAGCCGCUUGGCUUACGAGAUCAGGUUCAGGGCCUGCAUGGUAUUGUCUCGGAUUCUCAACCUGGGAUAAAGACUUCACUAGGCUCACAUGCUUGGGUUCACGGUUGCAGGUAGUACUGGUGCGAUACAGGAUGCCAGGACACUGGCCAGCAAUUUGAGGUUGACAUCCAGUACGGAGAUCUGGUGGUAGCUUUGGCACAGUGUUGGCUCUUUGUCGUCGUUCGGGAGGAGCGUGAUAUUCGCGGACGUAAAUUGGGCUUAAAGUGUAGCUCCUACCAGAACAGAGUUCAGGGCUGCUUGCAAUUUCAGAAGGAGGUCCUGCCGGAAGGUCUUAUGAUACAGGAGGGGAAGGCGAUCCAGACCUGGCGAUUUGCCAGUGUUUGCCUUUUUUUAUAGACAGCGCCAGUUUCUCAGAUGUAAUGGGGGCCUCCAUGGCCUGUAAGUCCUGGUUCUCGAGUCUGAUCAUAUCAGGUGAGUUGAGGUAUCUCCGUAGUUCUUCUUGUCUGUGGGGGUCAACUGCUCCCUGCAUGUCUCAGCAUGUCUCCUGGUAGUACUGGAGGAAUGCUGCUGAAAUUUGGUCAGGGAAUUGUUGGAUUUGUUGCCUUGAGUCCUUAAUUUUUAGGAUGUAUAGUUAGGUCCUGCCUUGUUUUAGGUGGUUCGCAAGUAGUCUUCCGCAUUUGUUCCCAUGCUCGUAAUUCAUAUGUUGAAAAUGUUGGAAUGAGCAUUGGGAUCGAGCGAUUCAGGCGUGUAGAGAGUUGGCUUUGUUUAAGCAGGAGUUCCUGGUAUAUCUUUCUUUUUUGUCCAAUGUGCGCUUGUGCUGAGACUCUAGGGCCACUAUUUCCCCUCUGAGGUCCAGGAUUGCCUGCUUCGAUUCCUUCUCGCGCUUUGAGCAGUUAGCAAUGAAGUGUCCGCAGAUUACCGCUUUGUGGGCCUCCCAGCACAUCAGAGGAGUAGUAUCUCCCGUCUCGUUGUUGGUGAAGUAAACCUGUAGAGUCUUUCUCCCCAUUUCCAUAAACAGUGUGUCCGAGAGUGCAUGACAUAUGGGGUGGUAUGAUGAUGUAGGCUGGGGAGUAUGGCCCGCAGUUUCCCUUCAAGUGUUUUAUUGGUGCCUCCGAUGAAUGGGAGGGUGUCGACGAGAACCCCCUGCUGCGAUGCGGAGUCCCGGGGCUCAGUGAGGAAGGAGCGGAUGCACAGCUGUCCACCAGACCCCGAUGGUCUUGGCGUACUGGUGACUUCAGUCUGCCUCUUUGCUCAACCCAUUUUUGGCAAUGGGCUUGGCGAGGUGAGCGGUAUUCAGGUGUUUAUUGUGGGUGCCACGAGGAGCAGUUAGUUUAUGCAGCCAUCUUCUUGAAUGACUAGACAAGUUUAUUGCAUGUAGUGUUCUUUUAAGUACUUUUAGUUGAUAAAACAACCACUUCUCUAUAAUAACUAGACUUUAUUAUAAUAUUAUUGUUUUGUAAUUCUUUUAGAGCCUUUUUUCAUUCUGGGAUAGGUUCUGAUGUAAUUUAUUUAUUUUUUGGCAUCUUUUUUGUUUUUCAUUACCAUGCUUUUAAAUGUUUAAUUUAAUUCAAAAUCAUGCCUAUCUGAAAAAAAUCUGAUCUGUAUGGAUAAAUUCCCUUUGCUCCCUUGUUGUUAAUCCCUCUGUCCUAUGAUGGAAACAUUUCCUUAAACAUCAUUUUCUUUUAAAAUGAUUUCAAUUGAUGAGAACAUUCAAAAACAACUUUUAAAUCUAAGGUGGAGGCAAAUUAACGUCCUUUUUGGUGGAUUUUUACUGCAUCCUCAGCUGGAAUACUGCUUCAUCAAAACUAAUGCGCAUAAAAAUUUUGGAAACUUUAUUUUCCAAAAAAGGUGCGCAUUAAAUUCGAGUAAAUACGAAAUUCCAACUGAGGAAGCCAUAAUGCCAAAAUGCAUUUUUUUGUACAACAGUACUCUAUUGUUUUAAUUGUUUUUUAAUACACCUUCUUUAGACAAUUUUACCCUAUUUGAAUUAGAUCAGUUACUAUAGUGUUGAGCCAACGUCACCAGCCUCAUCACCAUGUGAGUGUAUCCAAUUUUGCAAUUAUAUUACUUAUACAGAUACACAAGUUUAUAUUAUGUAGACUUUCAUAUUCUUGUAGAAUCUACUCUUGAGAUAUACACUUUGAUUGGGAUUGGAAAGAGGGAUUGGGAUUGUCCUUUUUAAUUAUGCUAAUUGCUGCCAAGUGCUUAAACUGUCUCUGCCUUUGUGAGUGUAAAUAUUACCUGUAUGCUACAUCUCAAAACCAGUUGUACCAUCCGCACUAUUGUCUCUCCAUUUUUUGUUUCUUGUAAACUCUAACAUCAGAUCUAAAAGACGUAUUGUGUGCUCUACCUAUUUUUUGUGUAUUAAAUGUUAAAAAAAAGGUGUUCACAAGUUAAAUUUUUUUAAUGAGUAUAUUUAUGGAGGUGUAAAAUUAUAAAUGAUAAGGAUUAAAUAUAUAUAUAUGAUGUUAAGUUUGGGGGGAAAAGAAAGACUGGUUAUCAAGAGUGUAAAAUACUAGGCUGGGAUUAGAGAAUGUUGCAUGUGAAAGAAAAUUAAUUUCAGAAUCUUUGUUUUCUUUAAGGCAAAAUGUAAUAUUUGGUGCACCUUUAUUUUUACAGUGCAGAUAUUAUGGUUAAUUGCAUUUCACUGUGCAAACUAGUCUGUUAUUAAAUGUAAACAUACACAAAUGAAAAUGUCUUACAUCAUGCAGUUCGGAACAUAGAGUAACAGAAUGAGGUUACGGAGGUGUGCAGAGAUGAACUUUAGAUAUGUGAUAAGGGACUUUGUCGAACCUUUUGUUGCCUGCUUUCUUAAAGAAGACAGACGUACAAAAUGUCAUGCUCCUUGCAAUCAGUGCUGACAGAGCUAUGCCUCAACCAAUGCGAUGGCUACUUUGAGAUCCAGGAAGCCACCAUAUUGCGAAACUGUGUCAUAAUUAUUAUUAUUUAGGUGAACAGAUACAGGAGAUAAUGAGGGUCUUGCUUAAGCAAGCUUGAAAUCUAGAGGAAGUGAUGAUUUAAUUACAUGUCGUUUAAAGGCAUUGAUACAGUAAUAGAGUGAUAGGGGCAUGUAAUAAAUAUGGAUCUAAAAAAAAAAUAAGUAUAAAAAUGAUUGUGUAACAAGUACUGUGUAAGGUAUCUGUAGAGUAACAAAGCAUAAAAAGUUAAUGAAGACCAUUCUAGUACAAAUUGUAUUAGGUGGAGUUGGUGAAUACUUCUUUAGGGAGGUCAGAUAGGCUUUAAGACAAAAUGUCUACCCAGUGCUUUGAUUAGGCCACUAAGGAGGUGGCCUAGGGGGUCAGUUCACUGGUGGCACCGCGGCAUAGGUGUGUUCUAUGUCUGUGUUGUGCUUGCAGCCGGAGCGCCUGCUGCUGAGCAAACUAGCCGGGAGAUCAAAAGGUCUCCCUGACCAGUGCUGUGCUGCCUCCCUGUCCCCGAAGCCACCAAGCAAUCACCACAAUCAGCCCUUGAUGCAGAGGAGGGAGAACUUGGACUUUACUCUCAGGCCAAGUUCUCCACUCCUUUUCUUUAUCAGAACGUUGGUAAAUCGUACUGUUCUAAAAUGGUUUGCUUAUGUACUAGAGGUGCUUCCUGUGUCAGUGUUGCACAAUGUGCAGCACUGACGUUCAGCUUCCCUAUGCUCUGUAUGGAGAUGCUUAGCAUUCCUCAUAGUUAUGCAUUGAUUAAAUGCAUCUCUGUGAGGAAAUGCUGAUUGGUGCAGUAAUAGCCUUUCAUGGGAAAGCAUUGGAUUGGCUGAGAUAAUAAAAUUUGCAGAUCUUAGCCAAGGUGGCGGAGCAGGGGCAGGGCUAGUAGGCCAUGAGGAGAUCUGCAUGGCGCUGGAAAAAAGGCGAGUUGAACACCUUUUUAACCCCUUAAGGACACAUGACAUGUGUGACAUGUCAUGAUUCCCUUUUAUUCCAGAAGUUUGGUCCUUAAGGGGUUAAACAAAGGAAAGAGGGGCUGGGGACUAAACAGCUGUUUUAGAACUAUAGUAUCAGGAAUACAUGUUUGUAUUUUAAUAAAACACAAUCAAAUUGCUUUUCAAGAGGGCUGCGCAGAAAGCAUUUAGUUCAAGUAUUAUGAUCGAAAUGUAAUAUGUUUUCUAAAUGAUUCAAAACUGUUAGAAAAACUUUACAAAUUAUAUAUCCACAGGAGUCACUAUUAAAGUCUAUGGGAAUUUUUGACAAACAAUUUGGAAAAUGUUUCUUACUGUAUUGAAUCAUCUGUAUCAUUUAAAUCAAGGCUUAUAUUUGGACUGCUUGUCACCUUUGGACAAUAUUCUCGAAGUUUUACUAAUAUCUGGUUUCUUUUAUUGCAGGUCUACUUUCUCUGGUAUCAUUCCAAGGAUGUAAUCAAAUCCUUCAAAACUGUGGAAAGGUGAACAUACUGUGAUUCAAUUCUUCCUUUUGUUAUUUGGCUCAGGGGUUAAUAGGAGUUGCUAUCCUACAACUUUAAAGGAUCAGUUAAGAUUAGAGUCUAGAACCCUAUUAUUAAUGUGCUGCAGACAUAAUGUAAUCAUAUUCCCAUGGGUAUAUUAGAUAACCCCUAUAAUAGGCGUGUAUAGGUGAGUGCAGCCUAUAUAUCCAUUCCAACUCUCAUGGCUUAUUCAAAGUGCCUAGUUAACCUUGCACUCCAAAGCAUCCCUGGAGGAUGAAUUUCCCAAGUAAGUGAAUUAAUUUUAUAAGAGCAGGCAUUAGGUUCCCGGAAUAGGACCUGCCAAAAAUGGGAUACUUUGGCAUUGUGGUAGGCUUAGGCAAUGUCUGAUGAUAUAGAGUACCCUCAACUAAUACUGGCACCCUUUGUAAAUAUGAGCAAAGAUGGCUGUGAAAAUGGUCUUUGUUUUUAACCUUUUAACCUUUUGUUUAAAAAAAUAUACAUAUAUACUUUGCUGUAAUGGAUAUCAAACUGCAAACACAAAAGGCCUCUACUCUCAUCCAAUAAUAAAGGGUCUUCAGUUUGCCCGACAGUGGAAUUUCAAAAGGGAUUUAGUUCUAUGGUCAGAUAAAACUUAAAUAGAACUUUUUGCCAAUAAACACCAGAGGUGGGUUUAGCCACACAGAGAGGUAGCCGUAUGGAAAAGUGCCUCCUGCCCACAGUUAAAUAUGCUGGUGGCUCUUUAAUAUUUUGGGGCUGUUUUUCUGCCAGAGGACAUUUUGUGAGAAUACAUGACAUCAUAGACUAUCAAAUAUCAACAAUAGACAUCAAAAUCAACACAAAAAUGGUUUACUGACCAUGAAAUCAAGGCCACCCCAGUAUCCUGACUUGAAACCCAUAGAAAAUCUGUGGGUUAACUGAAGAGGAGAGUCCACCAGUGACAACAAAAAUUUGAAGGAUCUGGAGAGAUUCUGUAUGGAGGGAUUGGUUUAGAUCCCUUGCCAUGUAUUUUCAAACCUCAUCAGGCAUUACAGAAGAAGACUCAAAGCUGUUAUGGGAAGUAGCACAUAUGACUAAAAGGGUGCUAGUAAUUGUACCACAUAUGUUUUAUAUUUCUGACAUAUUUAUUUGGAAGGUAAACCUGUGUUGUGCAUGUGAUUGUUUGAUAUCCAUGAGAACAGAGCAUUUUUAUCUAUUUUUACAACAACAUUUUAAAAGGUUAAACAAUAAAGACAAUGUGUUACAUCCUACUUUGCUCAUAUUUACCAAUGGUGCCAAUAUUAGUCGAUUGCACGGACUGGCCCACUAGGAGACCGGGAAAUUAAGCUUUGGCUGGCCAGGGGCCGCAACAGCUGUAAAAGUUUUGUUUUUUCUUUUUUUCUUUUAAAUUGCUGGGUUUAGUCGCUCCUCGCAAUGAACAGACAUCCAGCAAGCCGCCUGGAUACUGAGUGAUGUCAUUUCUCGGCGGCCGGCAGUCAGUGCAAGCAGAAGAGAAGCCUAGUGAUAGCUCUCACCUAGCUCCAGACCUGCAGAGCUAAUGAUGACCCAGUAAAAUAUUAGGAAGCACCUUAAAUUUAAAAUGUUAUAUUUUACUUUAGGGAAUAGCCAUACAUGUGUUAAGGCAUGAAAAUAAUAUUUAUUGGGGGGCAGGGCCGGGCCACCAUGCUGACCGGUCGCAUGCAGGAGAGGGUCCUGAGGGACUCAGCCUUUUAAGCUGACAUUUGCAGCUCAUACGACAAUUUUGGGCCCAAACAUUGCAACAGAGUAGACCAGUGUAUGUGUCGAUGUGUCUGUGUUUAUAGGCCAGUGUAUAUGUGUCAGUGUCUGUAUUUGUUAAUGGGUCAGUGUGUCUGUGUUUGUUUAUGGGUCAGUGUAUAUGUGUCGGUGUCUGUAUUUGUUUAUGAGUCAGUGUAUGUGUGUCUGUGUCUGUUUUUGUGGGUCAGCGUAUAUAUGUGUCAGUGUGUCUGUGUUUAUGGGUCAGUGCAUGUUUGUGAGUGUGUCUGUGUUUAUGGGUCAGUAUAUGUAUGUGAGUGUGUCUGUGUUUGUUUAUGGGUCAGUGUGUGUUAUGAGUUCAUGUGUGUGUUAACACAUUGAAUGUGUUAAUGUGUAGAUGGGUCAAUAUGUUUCAGUGUAUGUGUGUAUGGACCAGUGUGUGUGUUUGUGUUUUUGUCAAUGUGUAUGGGUCAGAGUGUGUCAGUGUGUGUAUGGGUCACUUUAUGUGUGUCUCUGUUGGUGUCAAUGUGUAUAUGGGUCAGUGUGAAGAUUUCACUAUGUUUACAGGAUAUUUGAUGGUAUAAUGCAUAUACAAUAAUAUAUAUGUAUUAUAUUAGUAUUUACAUGAAUCUAUACUAUAAGUACGAUUUGUAUGAAAGUUAUGCACAAAUAUUAAUAUACAUGUAUUAUGUAUAAAACAAAUUGUAUAAAAUAAAUUGUAUUGAAUAAAAAUAACAAUUGGCAUUACUUAAUCCUGACCCUGCUAGCUCGCAGGCUCCUUCAUGAGAAGCGAAAGCAGUUCAGAGAUAAACAGGAAAUAUUAUAGUGUCCUAUUCCCGGUGUGUCUCUAUCACUGCACUUCUUCCACUUGGAGGUCUCUCUGUUAAACUAAAGGGACAAUCAUAAUAAUAUUAAUAAUAAAAUGUCUCUAUUAAUUGUUAUCCACUAAUAAAAGAAUCCAAAUUUAAAUUCAGAGCAGCAGAACUGAAAACAUAGCUGAGAUGCCAUUUCAUUUCCAUUUUGGCUAUUUGACCUCAAAUUUUAAAUGUGAUAUUUCACUUUAGGGAAUAGCCAUAAAUUUGUUAAGGCAUAAAAAUAACAUUUAUUGGAGGUGGGGCCAGGCCGCCAUGCUGACCAGUCACAUGCAGGAGAGGCUCCUGAGGGACUCAGCCUUCUAAGCUGAGAUUUGCGGCUCAUACGACAAUUUUGGGCCCACACAUCACAACAGAAUGGACCAGUGGCUGCAGGGCUGCAGUGGACCCCGAGAUUGGGAGUUUUCAAAGCCCAUAAUGGCGACAGGAAACUUUGGAGUCUGCGGCCUUCUCGGAAGAAAGAGCGGGGUGGCCACAUACUGGCUUUUGCUGGCCUCAUCCCCCCCCCCCUUUGGACCAGUGGGGGUUAUCCCAGUCCUCACUGGGGCAUCCUAAGCAGCGGGGAGGAAACAUUCAACCAACCCUGCACGCAAACCCUAUGCUUGGAAGUUAAAAUGGCUGCCACCCAGGCCUGAAAGACAUUGUCCGUACUGACUAGCCACACGCCGUCUCCCUGGGGACAAAGAGGCCCCCCACCACUACAACUUUGUUAUUUCACCAGAUGGAGAAGGACCCUUGGCUACCCACAAAUACUUCCCAGUAUUAAAGUACAAGCAUCCACGCACAUGGGACUCGAGCCUUGAAGAGACAAAACCUACAUCAUUGCCAGACACCCUGGGGGAGCUACUCUUCCAAAAAUUCUGUCAAUGGCUCCUGAUCCCUCUAGAACACAUGCGCAACAAACGGAGCCUGUGCUGUGAUCUGGGACUGGUCAAACAAAACAGGCCGGGUUAUCUGCUAUGCUGGUAAUGCAUCACUAAUAAGCUUAGCCAAGUCAGGAGUAAGAGGGGGGCUCUGAAGAGACCCCUUGCUCAGCGUGUAUAUAUACACUAGGCAUGACCCAAGAAGUGCUUGGUACCUGCUGUGAGGGGCCCCAGUGUCUUUUACUAGUAGAUGUAAUCUGCUCAUUUAACUUGUUACAAAAACCUCUUGUUGACUCAAUGCAUGUGAUCCAAUCCACCUAAUUUUAUGCAUGACCCUCACUUUUAUGCAUUAAUCUAUUCUUGUUCUCUUAUUCUCAAAAUGAGCAGUUUGUUGUAUGUAUCCCCAAGCAUAUGCGCCCUGGAGGGAAUUUACUCUCGUGUUACUAUAUGUGUUGUCUCCAGAUUCAGUUUAGAUAUUACCAGAUUGGUCUACCAUGUGACAGUCACUGAUUUACUAUGUCUUCACAAAAACACAAAAAAACUGUGCAAAGUUUCUUGACAUUGUAUAUCAUACCUCUGUGCUUUCUAUUGCAGUUAAUAUUUUCAAUGUUCAUGCUUGCCUGUAUGCCUAACUGUGCACUGCAAAAAUAAAGAAUAAACAAAAACAAACAAAAAAAACAUUUAUUGAUAUAUUUGCCAUUUUAUUUUCACACCAUAACUAACAUCUCAAUGAUGGUAAAUAUGCCUUUAUUGUGACACAAAAAUCUGUUAAACAAGCCCCUUCCAAAAACAAAAUGUGUUGUUUGCAUUCCCGCACAUGUUGCUAUGAAACUGAUAAAAUGCACAUUGAAUACAACCGAUGCAGGCAAUUUCCUUAUCUUAAAUAUUUGAAUGGAGUCUACCAAAGUGUAAUUAAGGUGUCACAUGAUCUCACAAUAAAUAAUACAAUUGUUUAUGGAAGGAUUGUUUGUUAGCAAUCACAUCAAAACAAACAGCAGGAUGAAAAACAAGUCCAGAAUGAGAAACACAAGUUUAGCCUGAGUUGUAAAAAAUAUCCCAAACUUUGAACAUGCCCCAGAACAUUGAAAUAAAAAAGUCCAGAUAGAUCUGCAGCUUAUAUGGGAGAAAUUGUCUGACAGGGAAUGCUUUUUACUGACAGGCACUGGCAAACUAAUUAUUAUUGAGGACAGGAGUAACAGAGCCUAUUGGACCUCUUGCUUGUGGGAAAGAAGCUUUCCAUGCUAGAGCCCCAAGGGUCACCUGAAGGGCUUCACUCUGAUAAUCAUAAUUGUAUUGCAGGACUAAGACUGCCUUUAGUGGCUGUCAAUCAGACAGCCACUAGAGGCACUUCCUGCUUGCUAGGCAACAUUUGGUUCAGUGUCAGUAAAAUCCCCGUAAGAAAUGCUUUCCUAUCGGGAGGCCCUAAUGUGUUUGUCAUGCUCAUCUGAAGAGGUUGAGCGCAGACCCAGCGCUGAGGGAGAUCGACGCGGGAAUCAGGUGAAUACAGUAAUGUUUUUUAACCCUUACAGUGCAUGGUGGGGGACCGCGAGGAGAGAGAGGGGCAGAAGUGCUAGGGAUACAACUUUGUAUACACUAUAGUAUCCAUUUAAGUUUUGUGUGAAAAAAAAUGUUUUCAACUUCAAAGUGUUAUGUGUGAUUGUAAAAACAAAUGCCAUAAAAUAAAAUUAAUUCCAGUUUGUAUCACUACAAAAAGUGGAAUAAUUAAAGGAAGUGAAUACUUAGGUAAGAGACUAAUAAACAUCCCAAGUCUCCCGGGAUUAUCUUUGAACAGGCACUUUAAGAGCGUGACCGAGCCCCUGUAGUUUUGGUCAGCUGGGAUGAAUUGACAGCCGAUCACUUUCUCCCAGCUUCACAGACCAUUGCUGGGAGGGAGGAGUAGGAGGAAAAGGCGGUGGCACAGACAGGCAGCAUGGAGGCAGAGGAGAGGCUGGAGUGAGCUGUGUGUUUAUAACAUUAAUUAAGUGUGUGUGUCUGUGUAUGUAUCUGUGUGUCAGUGAUUAUACUUGUGUAUCAGUGUGUGCUUCAGUGUGCCAGUUUGUUUACGUGUCAGUGUGUGUAUCUGUAUGUCAGUGCAUGUCAGUGUGUAUCUGUGUGUUUGUGUCAGUGUAUCUGUUUGUAAGUGCCAGUGUGUGUAUUUGUAUGUCUGUGUGUGUAUCUGUAUGAAUGUGCCAGUGUGUGCGUGUGUGUGUAUCUAAGUGUGUGUCAGUGUCUGUAUCUGUGUGUCAAGGUGUAUGCAUGUGUCAGUGUGUUAAUGGUGUGUGUAAAUUGUAGCAAUAUGUUGUUAAUUAUAAAGUUGUGUUCUGUCAUAAUAAAAUGUCCCACCGGACCACCAGAGAACAAGGACACUGGACCACCAGGAAAAUAAAAUGUACUUUUAACACCCCUCCCUCACACUGUCACCAGUCACCCCCUCCCUCUCACUGCCACCAGUCACCCCCUCCCUCUCACUGCCACCAGUCACCCCCUCAGUCCCUCACACUGGAACAAGUCACCCUUUCCCUCCAUCACUCUGCCAUCGGUCAUCCCCUCCCUCCCUCACACUGUCAACUGCCCCCUUCCUCUCUCCCUCACUCUGCCACCUGCCACCUGUCACCCCCUACCUCCCACACUCUGUCACCCUGUCACUUCCUCUCUCACUGUCACCCUCUCACUCUACCAUCUGUCACCGCGUCCCUCCCUUACUUGGUCACCCCCUCACUCUGCCACUGUCACCCCCUUACUCACUCUGCGACCUGUCAGCCCUCCCCAUCCUCACUCUGACACCCGCUCCCACCUGUCACCCCUACCACACUCUGCAACCCCUUUCACACUUUGUCAACCCCUCCAUACUGUCAUCCACUCCACACACACACACUAUCUCCCCCCUUGACACACUGACACCCCCUCCACACUCACUCACAUACACACACAUACACAGUCACCACCUCCACACAAAUGUCACCCCCCCACACUGCCACCACCCUCCCCUACACACACUGUCACCCUGCCACACUUACAUUAAUCCCUCCUGAUCCUGUAACACUCACUCACUCCAACCAAACUGCACUCACCUCCUCUUGCUCUGCCACACUCACCCUAUCACAUUAACCUCCCUAAUCUUUUUCUCUCACUGUCAAGGUCACCACUCUUUUUCCUGUCACACUUCCUCCUCCAACCGUGCCACACUCAUCCCAAACUCUGCAACACUCACCCUGUCAAUUAACCCCUUUAAUUCUAUCACAUUAACCUCCCCUUGCCCUAUCACACUCACUCCUCCAACAAUGUAACAUUCAUCCCAACCAUGCCACGUUCACCCUAUCAUAUUAACAAUUUAAUCCUGUCACACUUAUCUCCCCUCACCCUGUAACACUCCCUCCUCCAACCAUGUCACACUCAAAAUGACCUCAUUUUGUCACAACCCUGUCUCUUUCACCCUCACCACGCUACAGUUACCCCUUUACUCAUCAUGUCAGUCACCCCUGAAGACAAACAUACACACAGUCAUAAAACAUAACCAAAGUGCACAAAGGCCCCAGCAGCCCCACAUAGACACAAAACACAGCAAUUAGCUACCCCACACAUACAGUUCCAGACACAAACAUACACAUGCUUACAGAAGCAUAAAUUCAUAUACAAGGAUACUCACUGUCAGACACACACUCUCAGGCACAUACACAGGUAGACAAUGCUAGACACACUCAGAAAUACACACAGCCAGAUGAAUACACAUUGUUAAAUACGCAUCAAUAUUUGUGUCUCUGUGCAUCAGUGUGUUUGUGUGUGUGUAUCAGUGGCGGAUCCAGGGGGGGCAACAGGUGCUAGCCCUGCAAUGUGCCUGCGGACCGGAGUGGAGAUCAGAGAUCUCCCUCCCCGGUCCGCAGGCACUGUGCUGACAGCCGGCAGGGGAGGGAGAGGGAGGACCCGGGAGCUCAAACUGCAGCUCCUCCGGGUCCUCCUCUCGCGAGAUUUGGAGCGUUGCUGCGGUUACCACGGCAACGCUCCAAAUCUCGCGAGAGUGAACUCUAGCCCGGGAGCGUGGGCUAGAGUUCACUCUCCACACUGGACCACCAGGGAAUCCCCCACCGGACCACCAGGGAAAUGUCCCCCCUCCCCCCAGUAAAGGUAAGAAGGGAGGGGGGGCAUAGAAUAUUUAUUUAUUUUAAUUAAAUAAAAAAAUAUUAUAUAAUAAAAAAAAAAAGCCACCCUACCCUGAUCACACAUACAUACAUUGCCCCCAAUACUGCCCCCCCAAUACACACAAACUGCCCCCCAAUACACACAAACUGCUCCCCUUCACACAAACUGCCCCCCCAUUCACACACACCGCCCCCAUUAACACAAACUGCCCCCAUUCACACAAACUUCCCCAUACACACAAACUGCCCCAUUCACACAAACUGCCCCAUUCACACACACUGCACCCCAUUCACACAAACUGCCCCCAUACACACAACUGCCCCCAUACACACACACUGCCCCCACAUACACACACUGCCCCCACAUACACACACUGCUCCCCCAUACACACAUACUGCCCGCCAUACACACACACUGCAAUACUCACACACACUGCAACUGUUACACACAUACACUGCAUCCCUGACAUACACUGCCGCCCUCACUCACACACUACAACCUUCACACACACUGCACCCCUUACACAUUGCACCACUCACACACACCACUGCUCCUAUACCCUACUACAGCCCCAUUUCCGAGCAGAUCUCAGGUAAGUUGUCAAACUGUUAUUAAACGGUUUGACUACUUACUGUGGGAGGGGGUCCCGGCACCAUUGACACCAUAACCACUACACUGAGCUGUAGUAGUUAUUGUGUCUGGAUUAUUUCUUUAAAUAAUCUACAAGUGCCCCUCCCGAGAUCAGGCUCUGGAUCCGCCACUGGUGUGUAUGCAUGUGCAUGUAUCAGUGUGUAUAUGUAUUUGUGUAUUAGUCUGUAUUAGUGUGUGUGUGUCUGUCUGCAAUGUGAGGGUGGUAUGGUAUGGGCAAUGCAAAGAUAAAGUUGCAAGCAACAAAUAUUAUAUGCAUACAUACAUACAUAUACAAUACAUGGGGAAACAUACAUGUAAAGGAUUAUAGAAUAUGUGUGGAAAAUGUAUUUGACAUUGUUUUCUUAUCUGUAACUUUAUUAUUUGGUAAAUUUUUUAAAUUCCCAACCAAAAUGUAAAUUUUUGUUUCCAAUAACUUUUUCACACUGGCACUUAUGUAUAUACGACUGCCAGGUUAUAAAACCAUACCCUGCAUUUGUGUAUAAACAAUUAGCAUAACUACAAAUUACAUUUGUUUAUUGCAAACUAUGCCAUAACUACAGUCCGAGAGCUCACAACGGAAAGGGCACAGGGAGCCGCGACAAUGCAAGCCUCUGAACAAUGAUUACAGAAACUAGCUCUCUGUGUCCAAGGCUGCAAAACGGUCCUUCAAUAUAAUUACAGCACCUUAUACACACACAAUCCAACCCUUAUUUUUUCUCUACUAAUGGUGUUAGUGGGGGCCUCAUCCUUGAGUUUUGCCUAAAGCCUCGCAAAGUCUAGAGCCAUCCCUGGUCUGAAACAUAUGUCAAGACCUGAAGGUAGGGAACAGAACAAUUAAUUUAGAAAGGACAACGAAUAGUCCACAGUCUAAAAUAUAAAAUAUAUUAAAAGUAAGAAAACAUAAAAUGUAACAUGUACCAACUUUCCCUAAAGAAUGGAGAACACCUCCAGUAAUAUGUGUAUACAAAGGAUAAAGAAUUCUCGCAGUUAUACAUUUAUUCAUCCUUGUUUAUAAAAAGAAUGAAGAAGAGUGCCAACAAAAAUCUAUAUAACAAGAAUGAAAAGCAACAGAUGUCGUAUUUAAACCAUGGUAAAUUUACCGGCAAUUAUUUACGCUACCAAGUGUAAUCAAUUACCAGACCUGAAAUAUUUUAUUUUCAUUAUACCUUCUCUUGAAAUGUUUGCUGUACUUGAACUUUUAUUAUGUACUUGAACUUUUAUUUUACACAGUAAUUAUGCCGAAUGUAUUGUUCAGACCUGUGAAUUACAAAUGAAAUGCAAUUUGAAAAGGUCACUUCUUGAAAUGGUUGCAUGUUGCACAAUCUUUAUACACGUUUGGUCAGAAGAAAGUAAAUGGGCCUUAUUGUCUGGCAGAUGGAUUGUAACGACAAAUAAAGGAAAUGUAAUAAGAGCCCUUGGGAUAAUGAAUGCUUAAAAAUGUGCUUUUUAAAAUGGUCUGAAUACAGCAAAUUGUAAAUAACUAAUGGGCUUAAAAGCAACAUUGUAAUUUAAAAAAAAAAAUCAAUUAAUAGAGAAGCCAGAGGAACCCAUGAAGUACCCUAAAUGUCUUUAUUGUAAGUAGUGUGGGGUUUCUUAACCCAUGCCCAACCAAAGCCGUACAUUUUCCGUCAAGCUUGUUAACCCCAGGCACCCCAGGAGCACCCGAUCGCGCUGUCCCUGCAGCUGUGAUCGCUCUGACAGCCUGACACGUGCUGCAGGGACUUCUGAUCCGCCUCCCUGCUUUUCCUCGGUCAGUGCUGGGAGACGGAUCAGUGAUGAUCUGCGUCUGCCUGUAAAAAAACAAAGUUUAAGUUAAAUCCCCCCCCCUUCCCCUGCUUUAAUAAAAUUAACCCCUUCCAUGCCAAUUGAUCACUGACUACAGUGAUUAAUUGGCAGGGACUACAUUUUACUGUCAGCUGAAUUUCUUUUUAACCCCUUAGGGUUAAUUUUUUUAACCCUCAGGGGUUAAAUUUAUUUUAUUAAUUAAUCUAAAUAUUUUAAAAUUCUAUAUUUAGCUAGCUGGGGUGGGUGGAAGUAAGUGGGGAAAUGGAGAAUUUGGUGUUAGGCUAGCUAGGGGUUAACGUUAAGAAAAGUUUUUAAAAAAUGUUUUAAUAACGUUUAAAAAAAAAAAGUAAGAAAAAUCCCACCCCCUUUAUCCAGCCCAUUAAAAAUUAACCACUUGCCUGCCAGUUGAUCACUGCCUACAGUGAUCAAAAAUACAGACCACAGUAUUAAACCCCCAGAGGAUUAACUUUUAUUUAUUUUUUAACCCUCAGGGGUUCAACUUAAUUAAGUUAAAUAUUUUAAAUUAUAUAUUUUGCUAGCUGGGGUGGGUGGGAGUUAUGGGAAAUUGGGAAAUUUACUGUUAGUGCACAUUACUGCUAGUUAGGGGUUAAAGGUAAAAAAAAGUUUGUAAAAAUUUAAUAAGUAAAAAAAGUUUAAAAACAAGUUUUAAAAAGUAAAAAAGUUUAAAAGAGUAAAAAAUGAAUAAAAAAAUGCAUUAAAAAUUCACAUGACCACUACACCUGGAACAAACUAGCAGAAAAAUGAUCCCAUGCUAACGUUCAAAAUAUGCCUUUUGAAAUACCCCAUGCUGUAUUCUUUAAAAAUGGCAUGCGUAGGCAUAAGUAGUUUACUUAACAAACCAGCUAAACUACUCCAAAAUGGAACAUGGACACAGCAUAAAACUUCUACAUUUGAAAAAAACUGAAUGGCUGCAUCUCAAAUGUGCCCCUUCACCCUCCACAUAUACCUGGCAAAGGUACAUACGGGGGUAUUGUUGUACUCAGACGACAUAGCUGAGCAACAUAUGAAGUAUUACACAGCCAUAGCACACAUAGGGUUUGCAAAAUAUACUGUGCAUACUCACUUUGUGUGUCAAAAAGGCAGAAAAAUGCUUACCACUACACUUAGUACAAGCUAAUGGAAAAAUGAUCCCACGCUAAGGUUCAAAAUAUGCCUUUUGAAAUACCCUGGGAUGUCUUCUUUAAGAAAUGGUAUGUCUUUAUGGUGUAGUUAUAAUAUGUUGCCUGCUAAGUGAGAGCUAAGUGCUCCAAAGUGGGACGCGGAUGCAUCAAAAUCCUCCAUGGAAAUUCACACUUGAAAACCUGAACUUGUCACGUCUCUUUUACAGCACUGUAACUUCACAAAAUAGUGUCUAGGUCAUACAUUGGGCAUAUUGUUUUACUCAGAAGAUAUAACUAAGCAUAACGUGGGGAUUUUUAUGACAGAGGUACAUAUUAAGUGUAACAAAAAAAAUUAAACAUAUAUGUAAAAAUGCCAUUCCUCCCCCCCCACCACAAACAUUGACAUAAAUUGGUGAAAAAAUGGUGGCAAAUUAAGGCACAAUAUACGCCAUAUAAGAUACCCUGGGGUGUCUGCUUUGUCAAAUGAAAGCCCUUUGUGGGAUUAUUUGAAUAGUCAAACACCGAAUGAAGACAUAGGCCCGUCAAAUCCAUCUAUGAAAAUUCUAACUAUAGAAACUGAAAUAGCCUUGUCUCUUAUAUGGCAUUGUAGAUUCACAGAAUAGUGCCAAAGGCAUACAAUAGGGGUAUCGUUAUACUCAGCAGAUGUAGCUUAACACAAUAUGGGGUUCUGUACAGGGAUAGCACACACCAGCUUUACUAAAUACACAUUGCAAAAACCUUGUGUAUAUGCCAAAAUAAAGGAAAAAAAUCAAUUUUACUCCAAUAUUUAGCAGAGAUUGGUGAUGAAAUGGCUACGUUAAAAGUGUCAAAAUAACCUUAAGUAAAUAGCCCAUGAUAUCUACUUUAUAUAAAUAUAUACUUUUCUGUGGCAAUUUUGUUUUCUGUGAUGGCUACUAAACCUUUGGUUUUUUUCCCCAUUUUGUGGCUUUUUUUAAUGGAUUGUGUCCUUACGGGUAAAACAAGCUUUUGAGGCUGUGUCCUUAAGGGGGUUAACAAAGCAGGGUGUUGUAGAAAGCCAGGAUGUAGAAUAUACAAUAAAACAACCAGGUUGUAAAAACAACCCUGAUAUCUUAGGGGGUGGCCCUAGCGCAGCACUGCAUCACCUAAUGUGGCCACCAGCCUGAAACAGGGAUAUCUUUUGAUCGCCUUGCUGGCUCAAAAAGGGCCUCAAAGACAGAGACAGAUCACGAGGCUUAGAAAGCCCCUUUUUGAACCUGGGCACUAAGUGUCUGCCUACGCCACCUAAUGGGUAAUCUGGCUAUGCUUGAUAAAGCACAAGCACAAGAAAGUAUACUUCUCCCGGCCUUCCACCCGCACGCACAUUGCAACUAUUAAGUGUUUCAUAUUUGUUUCACAAAAUGUAUAACUCCAAUUUACUUGUUUAUUUUUGCAUUACAUUCUUUUUUUGUUAUUUUGCUUUUUAGGUUUGGAUUAAUCCACUCUGUGUUUACAAACUUACUCCUGUGGGUAAGUGCAGUGACAACAGAAUCAAAACAUCAACUUGAAGAACAUAUGGCACGGCUGACCUCCCUUGGAUUCACCAAUAUAACUCUUGGUACGUGCAAUUAGAUCACAGGCUUUUUAUAAGGUUGUAAAGUUUUUUAGUUUUUUUUUUUUGUAAAUCCAAAUGAUAAAAUAAUGUAAUACAUCUAAAUGAUGGUGUACAGUACAGGCAUACCAACACAAUGGGUGUCAAUAACUACAAAAGGCAUUCAAAGAUCACACCUAGGCUCAGAUGAAGCUGGCACUGUAUUAUUGGAUCGCGUGGUGCAGUAAAUCGGGUAAUGUAUCCAGAGAAGAACUAUUCAAGGAAAUGCAACAAAUGUGUAAAGAGAGAGUAGUCACCAAUGGAACAAUCUGGCUGAUCCCACCGAUUUUCAUGGUAACUGCUCUACUCUUAGGACUUUGCUCCAUUUUUCAGAACAUGACAGUUUGAUCCUGAAUUAAUUCUACAGGUCGAUAAGUAUUGACCAAUUUUGGAUGAUAUUGUUAUUGAAUUUCAACUGGAUUUUAUGCAAUCUGAAAUGCUAGGAGCCAAGUGCAAUAAGCGGGACGGCUGCUUGAGAAAAAUCAUUCGAUAAAUGUGAUUGGGAAUUAACGUACAGGGGGGACAAAUUCUCUUAUAGGAACACUGUGGCUUUAGGAAUUCAAACUGAUAUACCUAACACUAUAGUGUCCAUGUUCCUAAUUAGAAUAGUGGGAACGUAUUUGUCCUAUAAUUGAUUUAACUGAUCAAUGGGGAUCAUUCCUUACAAGCAUCAUCUCGGGUGGCGGGAGGGGGGGGUAGUAUUUGUUUGCUUUUGCAUUUUCAUUUUGUUAGUUAAUUUGUUGAAUAGUGUUUUUUUUUAAUUUAGAAAUUAUUUUUUGCUUAAAAUCAAUAAGGGUACAAUGAUUUUGUUAAUGUCCUUAUACGUUUUAUUUGGAAUGACUGUGAUCUCUUAUGAAGCUUGACUGCUAACACAAUGUAUUGGGUCUUUUUUAUCCACUGGUAACGAGGAAAGUAGCGUGAAAAUGUAUAGGAAUGUGUGAUUGUGAUUAUGUUGACAUUGUUAAUUAUUAUUAUUUUAUUAUUUAUAUAGCGCCAGGAAAUUCCGUAGUGCUGUACAAUGGGUUAAUGACUAGUCGCCAGCCUAAACAUGUCAAUAAUUAUUGAUAGAUAGAAUGUGAUAAAGGCUAUAAUAUGGAUAUAGAUAAAACAUGAUAUUAAGGGCAAGUAAAAUAUCUUUAUUUUGUUUCUUUUCUAAAACUGAAGGAAUUUCAAAUCUCAGCAGAUGAGGAAGGGAACCUUUAUCAAUAAUAUUCAGCAUAGAGCAAAAAAUAAAUCCAUACAGUCACUUAAUGUGUUUCAACCUACACAGUGCUGGUCUUAAUCAUAGAUCUUUACUACACACCCUACACCACCUUUAAAUACAUCAAUGCCCAUCCCAAACAUGGGAACAAAUUAAAACUUCACAGGUGAAUUAACUCUUAGAACUGUCAAUCCCUCUCUAAGCAAAUCAACCCUUAAUGUUACAAUGUGUACAAAACAAAAUGAUAAGAAAAAUAUAUCAAAUUACAAAAUAAAUGAAUAAUAAAAUAACACGUUAUGUAUCAUUUCCAACUUCCCCCCAGAUCCAUCUAAAAAAAACACACCAGGCUCUGUUGUGGCUAUGGUGCCAGGCCCCUCUAUAAGCAAUGAAAGCAUUUUAGGAAUGUUUAAAAAAACAACAACAAAAAAACAUUCUAGAACUCUUGGCUCUAUCUGUGCAAUCAUUUGAUGUUCUGCAUGUCUUAGUCCAGUAGAGCUAACAAAAGUUAUUAAGAAGGAGUUUUCUGCUAAAUGAGAGCUGUAGUGGAGGUGGGGAGUGUGCCCGUCAGACAACAGGUAAAUGGUCAGAACAAAAAUAAUUUGACCUCUUACAAUAGGAGAAGGGCACCAAGUAAUGGCAACAUAACCAAGACAUCACUCUAGUGAUUAUGGUUCUUGGGGUGUUCCUUUACCUUUUCUAUGGAUUGAAAUUUUAACAUAGAAUGUAAAACUACCUGCACCUUUUAUGGUAUUGCCACAAUUUUAUGGAUAAGUAAUAUUUAGUAAUGUAACGAACCCUGAUGUGGUAGCUAUCGGUUCGUCAGUUUCCACCCGAACUGCUAUGAGCAUGAGUGAUUAUAGCUCGCAGUUCGGGUUUCCAUUCGUCUCUUACUCCAGAUCAGACACAGCUUUCCCAGCAGAUUCUCCCAAGGUAGUGAACAGGUACCCAAACAUCAGCCAAAGUUUGAUGAUGGAUGUAACAAGACUGAAGCUUUAUUGGUGCCACACUGGCUUUUAUACAAUUUCCCAUGCAAGGGGCACUCCCCCGUGGACCUUGUGGAGAACAGGGACACAACUUGUUACACAAGUCUAAUAAAAAUACAGCCUCUCUUCUCUGUAUUUCCAGCAUUCUCCACCAAAGAUCACAAUUCCUAAGAUACCGAAAACUGCAAUAUAUAUCCAAAUCUAAGAAAACAGGUCCUGCGCUCAAACUCCCAUCACUGUUGGAUGGCAGAAACGACCAUAGUACACAUCAGCCCCAAUACAUACAGUAAAAAAAAAAAAAAGUUACCCACGCCCUCUCCCAAAUCCCUAUGUUUAUUUGAACAAAUGGAGGUUAUUUAGUUACUCCAAUGGCCAUUGGAGGGAAUGCCCACCUGCCACGUCAAGGCAAACCUCUCAGGUGGGUCCUACACUAACCUUUCACCUUGCUUCCGUGAGCUUCUGGCAAAGAUAUCUCUAAUGAGACAGAAAGGGGUAUUGUUUAUAUACACCCCUAUAUGCUUAUUAACCCAUAAUAGGGAACACAUGGGAUGGGCGGCAGCAUUGUAACAUAGCUGUGUGAUACAAAAAGUGAAUACAAAUACAAAAAAACAGGUCCUGCACUCAAACAUCACUGCUGGGUGGCAGCAACGACCAUAGUACACAUCAGCCCCAAUGCAUACAGUAUAUACUGUAUAUAUCCAAAUCUACUUAACUGCUUGGGACCAGUGAACAUUUACACUAUUUGUACUGCAUUUCUUUAAAUCUCUCCUAUUUUCUUUAAUGUCUUAGAUACUUUCACAAGGUAUGGGACACCUGAACUGCUAUACUUACAAAUGUCCCCUUCCACGCUCUUUUCUUUUGGCAUGCAAACCUUCCCUGCCCUCGUAUUGCCUCUUCUUUUAUAAUUCUUUUUUAUUUCAAAACUUGUCAUAAUAUUUGGAUAUACCAUUUACAACUUUUCUGCCCCACCUUUAAUUUCGAUGAUUGUAUUGUCAUGAGAAUUCUAACGAUCAAUUAAAAAUGUAAAACAAUGAUUAAAUACCAUGCAAAUAGGACUGCAACAAUGCAUUCAUGCAAUAUACUCCUUUAACAUGCUAAAAAGCUUUAGGUGUCAUUUUGCAAAAAGUCCAGAUUUCAAUAGAAAUUUACACUUUUAUCAAUUAACCUCAAUGCAGGUGACUUCAAGAGGCAGCAAUUGCCCAGAGCACCUGACUUACUUCUCAUUGAGCUGUGAUUGGUAGUCUGUGAUUGGACAGCCACAGAAAGUCUGGGCGGGGUUAAAAGGGGAGAGCUUGCAAAGGCAACAUGCUUGCACUGCAGGAGAGAGAACUGCAGAUUUUGCAAUAUGUUUUCAGAUUUACCCCCCCAAUUAAAAAAAUACCUAAUUAAAUGUGUUUUCAUUUGGGGUAUAGCCACUAAACAGUAACUUUGAUUUAUUUUGUAUUUGGGCAGUGGAGUGUCCCUUUAAGUCUCAAAUGGAAUGUGUAAGCAAAAUAGCACGAUAUACUGGGUCAUAUGCCUGCAUUGGUUGAUGGCCGCUAAAAAACAAGGGACUGUAUACUAUUGAGCCCUGUGAAAUGGAAAAAAAGUUGUAUAUGGAGGCAGAGACAUGUCCUGUUAACCUUUUUCCAUUUUACACUAUCCUCUGCUGUCAAAUUACAUGUUUUUCUAUUCAGUAAUACUAUGCAUAUUAAGUUAACUAUACAUUUAAACAAAAUACAAUUGUAUCACAUUCUUUUUUUUUUUGUGUUUCUUCUGUUCCCCUUACAGUUGCAAGCCACCCACACUGUAACUGUACAACUGGUAUGUGUGAUGCAUUUUCCAUAGGUACAUAUUAUGUUUACCCAUUCAACAUAGAGUAUCAUAUUUUAGCUUCUGCAAUGUUGUAUGUCCUGUGGAAGAAUAUUGGGCGCAGCAUCAAACAUCGCCAUCAUAAAACUAAUCUAAAAUUUCAAGGUGUGGUUGUCGGUGUUAUUUUUGGACUCAUUGUCCUGGCUGUAACAAUCGGAGUUGUUGUCCUUUAUUUGCUCAACAUCGGACGCUCAAAGGAAAGUAGCGAGGCGGCAUUAACUGUUUACUACUUGUAUUCUGCUGUGGUGCUGAGUGGAAUGUGCAUAGCUGCAGUUGUUGGUCUCAUCCUUCACAGACUGGACAGACAACCUGCAGUAGUGGAGAAAAGUCCAUCCUUAAAACUGGAUGAAGAGCUAUUAGUGGGUUCGGCCUGCGGCUCUUGGAUCACAUCAUGGGGAUCUAUUUUGGCAGUCAUUUACGCUGAAAGUCACCCAACCUAUACUUGGUAUAAUUUACCUUAUUCUAUUUUAGUCCUGAUUGAAAAGUACAUCCAAAACCUUUUCAUAAUUACAUACAUAUAUCGCAAGGAUGAGAAAAUAUGUACUGAUAAAAUUCCCAAUAUAUAUUUGAAGCAACCUCAACUUGCAUCAUCUGAUGACAAUAAUCAUGUAGGACCGUGUGGUGGACCAGAUGUGCGAGAGAAUGGCUCUUUAUCAAAUAAUAUUGACAAAAAAGAAAAUGAAGAAAAUAAUUCCAUUCCUGCUUUUGAUCACAUGCCAAGCAACAAUACAAAUCCAGGGAAUGGUGGAUUAAAGAAACAAGUGCUAAAAAACAUUACAGUUGCCCUAUUCAUCAGCAAUAUCUCGGUAAGUUAUUACAUAAUUUUUCUUCUUCCAAUGUGUGUUUUAUUGACUUUGCAAGUAUAACUGGGAUACAGAAAGUAAGUGGGGGGUGGGACAAAAAACAAAAAGAAGUAUUCAGCUUAAGAGUAUAUUCCAUUGUAUCAGACACAGUAAAUACAUCUCAUAUUAAAAUCAACUGUCACAUAUCAUAUUCAUUUUUGGAAGGUCCUGUUGCACCUGAACCCUUUGUGGUGCCAGGGGUGGAGACAAUUAAUCAGUUGGAGUUUCCAACAUACUGGAGUAGGUGGGGAUCCUCAACUGCAUUGUGGUGGUGAAUAUACAGGCUACUCAACAGGUUAGGUAGUAAGCGUUGCCUUGCCCAUCAUCUACAACACUCUUAGACUUAUAUUGUGGGGAGAAGUAUCUGGUGUUUCUUUGUUAUCUUUCUCUGUGAUAUGUUCUGCAUAGAAAUAGGUAAUUUAGCUAGAAGUGAGGGAAUGGGGGAGGAGAGUAUGGGAAGGGAAGGGGGAAAGGAAAACCCCAAACCAGAGGGCCUGAGACUUUAGUUCUCGCUAUGACCAAUUAUAGGAUGACUGGUGGUGUCAAUUUGUUGAAUUUGCUAUGGUAUGUCGUGGUCAAAGUGAAAUACCUUGGUUGAAAGUUGAAGCAUUACGUUCAAGGGAAUCUUUUUUAUAGUACCAUAACUUGACACAUUAUACAGUUUAGCAUUAUACAUGGUUUGCAGUUCUACAGUUAGUGAGAGUUCAGGUUUAUCAUGUAGCCUAGCAUGUUGAGUAUAGUUUCUAUGAAUGUUCAGUGUUUACGUUUUGUAGAGGCGGGAGGUGGAUGACCAUUGUGAGGAGAUGCCUGUAGACCCUCAACAGACGUGGUAGUGAUGCCGCACAGAUUUCGUUCAGGGCUUCCCCUGCACUGAUCGAAAAACAAAGCAAAAAGAAAAAAAGUGGAUGGGAGGACACCAAGGGGGAGAAUUGUGUCUUGGGUUGAAACGUUAAUUUGAUUCGUAGAUACUAGCACCUUUACCUUCCAAGUAUGAGAUUGUAAAUCUAGACGUGCGUUAGUUGUAGUUCCAGUAAGGAGCGUUGGCCUUGUGUGGAGUGUAAUUGUGCAUAUGAGUUAGCCCCUGUUGUGGCCAACUCAAAUAGGAAAAUGUUUUAUUACAUCAUUUUUAAAAUCCAGUAUGCAAGUGCAACUAAUAUCUACUCACAUUAUAAGAAAUAACAGUAAAACUGUUUUUAGAGUAAUAUAAAUGGCAGAAUUCCUUAAGCUGUACUUUCUUACCAGUAGAGUUCUUCAGGGAUUACUUGUAUUUAGAAAUACUUAUAUCUACAAAUAUACACAUAACACGCAAAAUGUAGUUGAGACAAAGGGCAAAAGCAGCCAAUAAAAUGUUUCAAUGGCCUUUUAUAUACAACUGCUUCAGAGUGAAGGCCAUAAAGUGAUAUCUUUGAGCUUCCUAACUGUUAUCUGACUAAAUUGAUGUAAACAACAUAUAUUUAGGAUUGAAUUAUUAGUAUAAAAUACAUUCAAAUAGUGACUUUCAAAACUCCACAAUAAAGUGCUAAGUGAAAGAGUGCUAUCAGUUUGGCACAUAAGUUCCCUAAAAGCAGAAGAACUACCCCAAAGAUCUCAGAUCUUCCAUAUGUGCAUAUAUAGAUUAUAGGAAAAAAUGAAAAUGGUACAACAUAGUGCAAAACUGUAUAAUAAAAUUUUGGUAUGAUAUCAAUGUCAAUUGGCCACUCACACUUUUGAGUCAAAUAAAGAGCCUUCAGAUUUUUUUGUGCACUUUAUUUGUAUUGCUAAUUUAUUUGAUUACAUCUUGUCUUUUUCUCAAUGACUGACAUUGAAACCAAUAAAGCUCAAGACCUGGGGAAACAUCCACCAGUUAUCGUAGGAAGGUUCUUUAUUUGGCUUUAAAGUGUGAGUGACCAAUUGGCAUUUAUAUUAUACCAAAAUUGUAUUCUUUAGUGUAUAUAUGUACAUAUUAAAGAUCUGAGAAGCUCUUCGGGGUAAUUCUUCUGCUUUACGGGAAGUUAUAUAUUCUAUACAAAAAAUGGUCAGUUUGUCUGUGGUGACAUAUUGCAUGUACGAGCCCAUCAAAUAAUUGACCUCUGUUGAAAAAAACAGGUCAUAAUAAUUAUAAUAAUAAAGCUGUGUACACACAGUAAAAUGAGAAUAGGUCAUAUGUCCAAGCAAAAUAGAAAUGUACACUACUACAUGUGAAUGUUCUGAAACCAUUUUGGAAAAAUAGUUCUUUUUAAAAACACUGGUACACAUUAUAUUAUCUAGACAAUCACAAUGUCAUACCUCCUAACCGCCCAUCUUUAGGAGGACACCCUAUUUUGAACAUUCACCCUUUUCUAUCCUAAUGUCCCUUUAUUUCUAGGAGUGCCAUAUUGUAGAUGAGUCUGAGUGUAUAAUAGAACACCACAGCAAUAAUAUGCACAGUAAUGUGUCUUUAAAGGAACACUAUAGCAUUAGCAAUACAAAAUUGUAUUCCUUACGCUACAGUGUCCCUAUGCACUAAGAUAAUUUUCCACCCCUACUCCCGAGUGUUGUAAGGGUUAAAAAAAACCUUUAACCAGCCACCGGCGCUGGCUCUGUCUCUGCCUCCUCUGACAUCUGCAAUCAGGGGAAAUCUAAUCGACAUGCGAGGCGAGUUCCACAUGUACAUUAAGCCUUCCCCAUAGGAAAUCAUUUAUCUUUCGUAUGCAGAAUAUGAAGACGCUGGAAGCAUGACUGUCCCACUGAAUCAAGAGUGUUGCAAGGCCUGAACAUGUAACGAUUGCCCUUUAAGAAGUAACUACUCAGAAAGCAAACUGUACGUUUCACUUGUGCCUAGUACAGAACUUGGGAGACUUUUUUUGUACAUAAUCUCCUGAUCUCCUUGGGAUGUCAUGUCUAGGGGAAACAUUUUUAGAAAUUUCUCAGUAUAAUCCCAACUUUGACCAUCUCACCCAUCUAGUUCUUCAAGCCAUUAUAUCAUACUAUACAAGAUAAACAAUUAUGAGGUUUAUUAAAAUACAGAAAAUGUUGACAUGAGAUAAUUUCUUUGUUUUUCAGCUGUGGAUCCCACCAGCUUUUGGUUGUCGUCCACAAUAUGAUAAUGGAUUGGAAGCUGUUGUUUUCGGCUUAAUUCCAUGGAUUUUUAUUAUUGAUAUUGCACUCCCAUUUUCCAUAUUCUACAGAAUGCACUCUGCCUAUUCCCUUUUUGAUGUGUACUGCAAAAUAUGAACAUUUUCAAUAGUGAUUAUGCACUAAAACAAAGAUAAGGUCGAUUACAUCAACGAACAACCUAAUGUCUCCUGAACAAUUAGACAUUUUAUAUUUUCUGUAGAUGUGAUGUGUUCAAUUAAUUUUACAUUUCUUAAUUCUAGGAUAUAUUUGAUUUUUAUAUUUCUAAGAAAUCUUAACAAAUCUAUCUUGAUGAUAUAGUCCUCUAC